GCUGAGAGCGUGUAUGUGCGCCCAGGAGUACGUGCGCGCUCCCCAGAGCCGAGAGCAGGAACGCAGCGAUGGCGGAGGGGGGAGGAGGUGGCGGCGGCGGUGGUGAACCGGGCCCGGCACAGCCGCAGCGAUCAGCAUGUACGCCGUCCCCAGGACCGGCACCGGAGCCCGCCAGCAGCCCGGAGCCCGAGACCCAGAAGGCCGAGCUGGGGGAGAUGCUCAAAGCGCCGCUGAAGAAGGGAGAUGAGUGGUGAGGGACAGGCCGGGGAGGGCGAGGAGGGAAGUGACUGUUAGGGAGGCUCCGGCCACCGACAACUGUCACCUGGGGAGUGGCGAGGGCUGCCUGGCCCGCGGACUGGGAGUGCUGUGUCAUUGGGCCUGGCAGCAGCCCAGAGCUGGGGAGACAGGCCUGGACCGGCACCACGAGGGGGCCAAGCAUAGGACACUCACUGAGUGACUGCCCUCAGACUGACACCCACUCACUGAGUGACUGCCCUCAGACUGACACCCACUCACUGAGUGACUGCCCUCAGACUGACACCCACUCACUGAGUGACUGCCCUCAGACUGACACCCACUCACUGAGUGACUGCCCUCAGACUGACACCCACUCACUGAGUGACUGCCCUCAGACUGACGCCCUCUGAGUGACUGCCCUCAGACUGACGCCCACUGAGUGACUGCCCUCAGACUGACGCCCACUGAGUGACUGCCCUCAGACGGACGCCCACUGAGUGACUGCCCUCAGACUGACGCCCACUGAGUGACUGCCCUCAGACGGACGCUCGCUGAGUGCCUGCCCUCAGACGGACGCUCGCUGAGUGCCUGCCCUCAGACGGACGCUCGCUGAGUGCCUGCCCUCAGACGGACGCUCGCUGAGUGCCUGCCCUCAGACGGACGCUCGCUGAGUGCCUGCCCUCAGACCGCUGAGUGCCUGCCCUCAGACGGACGCCCGCUCGCUGAGUGCCUGCCCUCAGGCGGGCGCCCGCUCGCUGAGUGCCUGCCCUCAGGCGGGCGCCCGCUCGCUGAGUGCCUGCCCUCAGGCGGGCGCCCGCCCGCUGAGUGCCUGCCCUCAGGCGGGCGCCCGCCGGGCGUGUGUGUUUCUCUAUUCACUCACAACUGAUUGAGACCAUCAUUUAGGUCAGGUCUAAUCCUUGUCACAAUGUUUGCCUGGUGCAAGCGGAUCUGUCAAGUGUCAAGCCUGAUUCAGACUAGGCUCCCUCUAAAAGAAAACCUGUUUAUUGACAGGUCUAAAGUUAUGUGUUUAUGAAUCACAUACUAAUCUCUGCUCUUAAUAUUUUAGCAUUGGAUGAGUUACUUGUUUUAUGUUUACUAUAGGGUAACACUUUCUUUUGGCGUGUUAGGGCAGGUUUGGGAAAUAGUAUGUUUUAAACAUCCAUCACAGAAGGACAGGGUCAGGCAGUGCUUUGUUAGCAUAACUUAGUGUGACUUGAAGUGUUUUUGACCUGUUUCUCCCAUCAAGCUCGCACAUAGUUUUCAGUUGGGAUGCUGUGCAUGUGCUAUAAAUCCCAGCUCAGUCCCAGUUGAGUAGUGAGUACUGUCAAAUAUGUUUUGUUUUAAAUACAUAAAUGAAACCACUCGCCAUGCCAGUAGAAGCUGCAAAAUUGUUUUUUUUUUGUUUUUUUUUACCUACCAAAAUUAUUUUGUCUUCCUGAUUGAAGUCUCUUUAAACUACAUGCAUGCAGCUUCUGUACAAGUCCUUCCAUUCUUAUUCACUUUUGAUAAUUUUUUUUUCAAGUUUGUUAUAAUGAAAAGGACACAAGCUCCUUGCACUGCAAAUAGUCGUGAUGCUUGUUGUAUCCCUUUUAAUAGCUGCACUUUAGCUGCUUAUAAUCAGAUUUAUAUGCAUAUUGUUUUGAGGUUUUCUCUCUGCCUGUAGAACAGCAUUAAGCUCAAUGUCCUGUGCUUUUUCUUUCUAGCACUGCCAUGUUGCCUGUGUUUGGAUGAUUUGAAUGAUCUCAGCAUGUGUCCUAUCGGUGUGUUUUUUUUCUAUCUUAAGAUGGCACAUCACUCACUAGACUCCUGUGUAAUUAGUUAAAGGAAAACUACAGUUGGAGUGCUGGGUCACACUCCUUGAUGGGGGUUGGGACCUUAUGACGUGAGCAGCUAGCAACGCUUUCCUAUGGGGAUUUUCAACAUGCUGCACGUCUAUAUGCACAGUGUGAGGAUGUCCAGCGUUGUUUUACAGAGCCAAAACACCUAAAAUAGCAGGCAGCGACUCUAGUCUUAACACAUGCAAUGUAAACAUUGCAGUUUCUCAAAAACGGCAGUGUUUUGCAUUGUUGGGUUAAGGGAACAGGGACACUGCACCCAGACAACUUGAAUGAGAUGAAGUGGUCUAGGUGCCUAUCGUGUCCUUAAGCAUGGAGGCAAUUGUACAAAUUCUUACCAAAACAAAACCUAGAAUUUGAACGAUUUGUUCUAACAUAAUUUACCUUUCAAUACAAUUAUUGUAUACCAUUUUGUUCCGGAGAAAUAGGGCUUUAAUUUCACAUCAAAUAUCUGUGUAUGACACAUUUAAUGAGUAAAAUGUAAAAACAUGUGAGAAAUGUUUAUUUUCCAAGUUCUACGCGGCAUUUUAAAGGGACACUAGGCACCCAGACGACUUCAGCUCAUUGGGAGUGCAAACUCCCAUCACCUUUAACCCUAGAGUGGUAAUUAUUGCAGUUUUUAUAAACUGCAAUAAUUACCUACUAGCCGGUUAACGCCUCCUCUAGUGGCUGUCUAUCAGACAGCCACUAGAUGGGCUUCCAAGCUUGAAGGCGACUAUUGGUCACCUCAACAACGCUGGACGUUCUCACGCUAUGCACAAGGGCUUCCAGCGUCGCUAUUUGAAAGCAUUGAAUAAUGCUUUCCUAUGGGGAUAUCCUAAUGCUAGUGCGGCCAUUGCUGCGCAUUAGGUCUCGCAGAGUCAAGCGCUGAGGUACAUCGGUGUUGGACACAGGUAAGUGACUGAUGGGGUGGGCAUUGACAAAGAGGGCAUUGACAGUGCCAGGAAAAUGAGUUUGUUUUCCUGGCACUAUAAUUUCCUUUUCACUGUUAAUGCCAUAAUUCUGUACGCUUUUAGUGCAAUAAAAUACACAUUUGUAUGCUGUGAUGUCCCAUAUGUACAACAAUGCCCCCAUGAACAGGUUUUAUGGGUUUUUUGAAGGUUACAGACUCAAAUAUAGGGCUUUUUAUUUUAUACACAUUGAAAUUUGCCAGAUUGGUUUGCUGGGCCCAUGUUGUCUUUGAGACCGUAUGGCAGCUUAGGAAUUAAAAUUACUCCUGUCAUGGCAUACUAUUUGCAAAAGUAGACAACCCAGGGUAUUCAAAAUGGGGUGUGUCCAGUCUUGUUUUGUAGCCACAUAGUCACAAACCCUGGCCAGUUAGUGUUCAUGUAGUUUAAAAAAAAAUUAACACAAAAGUUGCCCUUUCACUGAUGAUAUCUUUGUCAAUAUACAUAUUACUGCUCUAGAAUAAUCAUAUGUGUUCAGUGAUGUCUCAUGAGUGUAGCAGUACCUCCCUGUACAGAUUUUAUGGAGUUUUUUUUUGGGGGGGGGGGUGAGGGGGUUGCGGAAAAGUGUCAAAUAUUGAACUUGCAAAUUAAAUUAUCUGGACUUUCUGCCUGGAUUGUCAGGCAAGUCCCCUAAUAUAAUUUAACAUAAUUAUGUGAUUUUACUAAUUAUAUAUUUGGGGAUCUGCCUGGCAACCCAGACAGUCCCCCUGCAGUGAAUCUGUCGAUAACUCCAAUCUGUCAUGUUAUGGUGGUGCCAUCGCGAUCACAUGACUCAGGUGGUCUUGGCUGCAGGGGGGCUGCCUGGGUUGUCAGGCAGUCUCCGCAGUCGCCAUGGAGGGUAAGUAUCCGGGCUGGGGGCGGGACCAAUUGCUAACACCCAAAAAAUCUCUUGUAGAAUGACAUGCACUUCGUUUGGAAGGGGUUAAGGUUAGUGUGCAAAUUUGAAGUGUUUUUGACUUUCUCCCAUCAAGAUCCCGCAUAGUUUUCAGUUGGGAUGCUGUGCAUGUGCUAUAAAUCCCAGCUCAAUCCCAGGUGAAUAGUGAAUACUGUCAAAUAUGUUUUGUUUUAGAUACAUAACUGAAUCCACUCGCCAUGCCAGUACAAGCUGCAGAAUAGUUUUUUUUGUUUUGUUUUUUUCCACCUACCAAAAUUUUGUCUUCAUGAUUGAAGUCUCUCUAAACUGCAUGCAUGCAGCUUCUGUACAAGUGCUUCCAUGCUUAUUCACUUUUGAUAAUUUUUUCAAGUUUGUUAUAGUAAAAAGGACACAAGCUCCUUGCACUGCAAAUAGCUGUGAUGCUUGUUGUAUCCCUUUAAUAAGCUUCUCUAUUUUUAACUUGUUUGACAACACAUCCCACCUGACACAUAGUGGAUAAUAUUUACCAAUGAUAGAAAUAAGGUGACUUGCAUGGCAUCAACUACCGAGUGACUCAGCAAGGAAAAUGAGCGGCGGUUCUUUAUAGUUUAUGGAGUACUGUAUCCUGUUUAAAUAUUCAAACUUUUCGCCAGUAGAAAAGUAAACCUAGGGUUAUGAGAUGUAGCUGUUUCAAGAUGAUAAUUUUAGUAAUUUUUGAUAAGUCGCAUAGUUAUUCAACAUAAAAUGUGAAUAUCGUAUGCUUUUACUGUUUGGGCUCCAUAUCAGCACAUUUCAAAUGAGUGCUUACUGUUUGCCUUCAUUUUCUCUGCAUACAUGUGUUGUAUGCAAUUUACAGGGUUCUCAACAGUGCUCACUGUGGGUUUACAGGUACAGCAUGUAACAUGUUUUUAAAUGUGAACAUAUUUGCUUUCAUAGCUUUCACUUACAAAGCUAGCAAGAAAGUUUUAGCAGACAAGUGAUGUUAUCGCAUGUCUUUGAAAUAAUUUCAGGCUUUUCUUGAAGCGAUGAUGGUAGUAUUUGCUGGCAUAUUUUGAAGAACAUAUCAUUCAUUCUAUGUUGUUUUUGGUCACGUCCUGAAAGUAAAUAUUUUUAUGACUGUGCAGUUUUGUGUUAGAGAUGUUAGUGGCUUUAUUACACCUGAGACCUAAGCUAUUUUCAAUGUUUUUAUUUGCAAUGAAAACUACUAAAUAUCAGUAUGUUCACGAUUGUAAUCCUAGAAGAAGCCAUUUGGUUACGUUGUGAAAUGAUUGAGCAGGCUUGCUGUGAAUUGCCGGGCCCAUGUUGCUCCAGGCAUCCCUGCGCAAGGAGUAGGCGGAAACACAAAUGAUUUGAUAGUUUUGCAAUAUGAUGUGAAUUUCUCUGUUUUGCAAUGUUCUAAUGAAGGAAAAUUAAAGAAACACUAUAAAUACCAAACAAAUACAACACCGUGUACUGGCUAUGGUGCUAGGCAUUGGUUUUUCUCUCCUACUCUGUUUGUGUCAGCCUGCCUUAGUGUGAAGGUUACUUAAGUCACAUUUCAAUGUGUAGUUUUACUGUUUGUAACAAGCAGCCUACUGUUAUCAGUGGCAUACCUAUAGCUAUCAGGAUACAUAGUACUUUGUGUCAUAGUCCUUGCUUAUUUUAAGAAGUGUUUAUAAUGUGUUAAUCUGACAAAUCUGCUAUAUUUCUAAUAUGUAUUUAUUUGUAUAUUGGUAUUAGGAGGAAGUUAUCCAUAGAUGACUUCCUCCUAAUGCUAAUAUACAUAUUUUAGACUAUAACAUUUUUAUGUGUUAGAGACUAUAGAUACACCUUAUCAAUCACUAUUCCGUCUUGAUUUGCAGUGCUUUGGCUGCUUUUCAUUUGUGUGAUAAAAUAUUAGCAAAUUUUUUAAACAAAAUGAGAAAUUGGCAAAUCUUAGAAUUAGAAUAAUUUGGUUUAAUUUUCUCCUGUGAAGUAACUUUGUAAAUAUGAAUGCUAUUGUUCAUGUGUUUAACACACAGACUUUUAGUUGGUUAUUAAAAUCAUCAUUGGAAGCAUUUAAAUGGAUACUGUAGUGCCAGGGCUACAAAGCUGUAUUCCUGACACUACCAAUCCCUCUGCCUGCCCCCUCCCUCGCACCUCCUCCCCUGUAAAUAAAGGGUUGAAAACCCUUUUAUUUACUUACCUCAUCCCAGUCUCGAUGUCCCUUGGCGCUGGGUCGAAGAUCCGCCCCCUCCUCCGUCCCGCAAUGAGUGGGGUCUAAAGCGCAUGCGCCUCAAAUGCCACGCGCGCAUUAGACUUCCCCAUUGAAUCAAUGCUUUCCUAUGGGGGAAAAUCUGACGCUGGAGGUCCUCAUGCAGAGCGUGUGGACGUCCAGCGUUGGAUAACGGACCAAAAGUCCGAUACGAUUCCGGAAGCACCCCCAAUGGCUGUCUGGUAGACAGCCACUGAGGACAGACGUAGCGCUGCAAUGUAAACAUUGCAGUUCCAGAGAAUUGCAAUGUUUAACAUUGCAGCACUAGCUGCAAAAAGGAACACCGCAUCCAGACCACUUUAAUGAGCUGAAGUGGUCUGGGUGCCUACAGUGUCUCCUUAAAACAAGCUGUUUUUAAUACUUCACUGUCCCUUUUAAUGAGCACAAGAACCGGUCCUGUUGGUAAAGUCAACAUGCAAUGUUCAGGCUUGCUCAUACAUUGAUGACCGUACACUUUAUUGUGUAACUCAGUGGAUAAUUACCAUAGUACUCGCACAGAAACCAAAACCAUUACAAAAUAAAUCUCUCUCAUACAUGUAAUAGUUAUCUCACAUGAGGACACUCUUGCAUUGCCCAUAUCAUUUUGAUCUCAUAAUUAAACAGAAGAACAAAGAUGGGGACUAGGCAAGGAAAGGGAAGAUGAAUACCCCCUGCAGUGAAACUUUAACCCCUUAAGGACACAUGACAUGUCAUGAUUCCCUUUUAUGCCAUAAGUUUGGUCCUUAAGGGGUUAAAGGGACACAAUAGGCACCCAGACCACUUCAGUUCACUGCAGUGGUCUAGAUGCAGUGUCCCUGUCCUCCUUAGUCCGGCAAUGUAAAUCAUUACAGUUUUUGAGAAAAUGCAUUGAUUACAUUACAGGACUAAGACUGCCUCUAGUGGCUGUCAAUCAGACAGUCACUAGAGGCAUUUCCUGAUGGCUAGGCAACUUUUGGCUCUGCAUGAGGACAUCCAGCAUUAGUUAAAUCCCAUAGGAAAGCAUUGAAGCAUGCACAUUAGUCCCCCCACCCACUCCCUGUCAGGUGACGUUAAAGGAGACGAAACACUGACCCAGAGCCAAGGGAGAUCAGCACUGGAAUCAGGUUAUUGUUACAUGGUUGUUUUUUUUUACCUUUGCAGUGCUGGAAGGGGGCAGAGGAAACUAUAGUGUAAGGAAUACAAGUUGGAAUUCCAUACACUGUAGAUUCUCUUUAAUGAUAAAGUGUGUCCUUUCUUAAUGACGUAUAUUUUUACCAUUGUGUCAAACUUUUUCAAAGAAGAGGAUAGUAUUGUAUCUCACUGUGGCCAAGUGGUCCAUUAGGUGAUUUUCUUAAAUAUUAGCUCUCACUUCCACAAUUUAUGGAACUAAUGUUCCCAAGCAGCAGCCAGGGCUGUCCUCACAUGUAAUACAUACUCUUAUUAAAGAGCUUUUGGGCACUGCUCUGGAAAGCUUCCAGAGUUCGUGGUGCCUAUGUGCAAUUUUUAAUUGCUGCAUUGUCAUGACCCACAAAACAAUUUUAAUUUGAAAUAUUGGGCCCCCUAUUUAGUGUAUCUCUCCAUCUCUCAUUACUCAGACUGUGCCGGCAGUGUGUUGUGUUUGUGUCUGUGUGCCCACUGGCUGUGUUUAGUAUGUGUGUGCUGUAGGUAAUAUGUGUGUGAUGUAUGCUGACUCUGUUUAAUGUGUGUGUGUGGUGUAGAGGGGGAUAAAAAAAAUUCCCUGGUGGGGUCCAGCAGGGGAUAAAAAAAAAGAUCUCUGGUGGUCAGGCAAAGGGUAAAAUUACAGUUUAGGGCUUUCCCCCCUGCAAACUGACAACCCACAAUAAUUGCUCCUUCGCAGUCCGGUGCUCAUUAGCGAGUACAGGACUGUGAGUGGGGGAUUACUGUGCUCUGGUCUGGCCAUGUGUCAUCACUGCUGCUUGCUCACAGAAGGGGUGAGGGGGGCAAUAGGUCGUAAACUGAAUUGUUCGGUAGACGAGGAUCCCUGGAACCUAUGUUUGUGUGAAUUCCCAGGACUCAGAAUCAGGGGAUUCCCAGUGCUAGAGAGCUGGUCAUAUGUCUGCGCAGUCGUUAAACAAGUGAGGACUAUAUUAAUCCCUGAUCAUUUGGUGGUGGAACUUGCGACUGCACCUUUUACGUCUCUUCUGUCUGGCUCUUUACAAAUGUGUCAGAGCAUAUGCCAUGGUAACCUAUGACAAUGCUUUGAAUAACUGGGAAGUGUCAGAUUGCAAGGGAGAGUUCCCAGUGCAGACUACAAGCUCCCUAGCACUUUGCACCAUGGGGCCCUCUUGGUUGGUUGGAGAGAUGCUCUGAACUCUGGCCACAUCUUGCCCUUUUGGAUGGGUCAGACUAGUGUGCCAUGCAAAACCAUGUGCCAUAUGUUUCUGACUCUAAAUCAAGAUGUCUGAGCCACUUUGUGUGCCAUAGUCUCAUUAUCUUCCUUUAAACUUUUUUUUUUUUUUCUCUUCAGGUAUCUCAUUGACAGUCGGUGGUUUAAGCAAUGGAAGAAGUAUGUUGGUUAUGACUCCUGGGAUAUGUACAAUGUGGGAGAGAGCAAUCUCUAUCCGGGACCUGUUGACAACUCAGGUCUAUUUUCAGGUAUAGUAGGAAAAGAUAAGAAAAAUAUGUACUUGCCAAAACUGAUAGUGUAAUUUUUUUUAUUUUUUUUAGUCUGUAGGUAAUAAAAUGGAAAGGUUUUUUUUGGGGGAAUGGAUGAGGUGACAUCCCAAAAUUUUCAUUUGGUAUACUACUGUUCACAUUUUGUGUGCUUUCAUUACUUGAUAAUCAUUCAGGUGCGUUCUUCUAACUGUAAAUAUUCAGAAGUUUACCUUUAAAUUAAAUGGUUACCAUAAGAAGGGAAAUCCGUCUGAUGCUCAAGGAACACUAUAGGGUCAGGAACACAAACAUGUAUUCCUGGCCCUAUAGUGUUAAAAACACUAUCUAGUCCCCACGGCUUCCCCUUGCCCCCCAUAAAUAUAGUAAACACUUGCCUGAUCUGCCUCCUUGGCUGACAACAUCAGAAGUGAUGAUCUCAGCCAAUCACAAUACUUUCCCAUUGCAAAGCAAUUCUGAUAAUCUCAGCCAAAGAGGCGGGCCCGGGGCGGAGCCAAAUGCCGCCUUGGCCAACCAGCGUCUCCUCGUAGAGAUGCAUUGCUUACAGCUCACCAGAACAUGUGAAAGCAUUGGAUUGGAUAAAAUCUUAAAUUGUGAUGUCAACAAGGAGGUGGGUCGGGGGCAGGGACAGCGCUGGCGGGGACAAGUGGCGUUUGAAAUUUGUUUUCUUACCUUUUUAAGGUGGCUAAGGGAGGGGGGCCAAGCCACCUAAAUGGUGGUUUAGCACUAUAUUGUCAGGAAUACAUGUUUGUGUUCCUGACCCUAUAGCGUUCCUUUAAGCUUCUAAGGGUUUUUUUCACGUUUUAUUAGAUUCUUUGUGAUUCAUCUGGUGGGGCUUGUGUGGUUCUUUUCAAUUAUCCAUUUUCACAAUGUUCAGAAGCACUUUCCUUCUGUGGUUUCUUUCAAAUGAAAUCACUUUUUCUGUUCUGUAUAAAGUUGAUCUUACUACAUUACUUUUUAGCUGCCAGAAAAGCUUAUAUUUUUGUUUAUUAUAGAGUCUAUCUUCUCUCCUAGAUGCUGAUACUCAGGCAUUAAAGGAACAUCUGAUUGAUGAACUGGACUAUGUUCUGGUGCCAACUGAAGCAUGGCUGAAACUGAUGAGUUGGUAUGGCAGUGUAGAAGGACAGCAGCCCAUUGUGAGAAAGGUUUGUCUUCGCAGUUAAAAAGCAAAGCAAACGGUUGUGUGCUGUGGCUGCAUUUACUGUCCCGUUAAAUGCCCAGGUGCAGCUGCACAACCCUUAGUGGUGUCUGAUUGUAAUCUUUGAUUUUUUUUUUUUUAUUUUUUUUUUUAUGUAUGUAUAGGUGGUUGAGCAUGGCAUGUUUGUAAAACAUUGUAAAGUUGAGGUAUACCUCAUUGAGUUGAAGCUCUGUAAUGACAGUGAACCAGAUACCCUGAUUCCACGGCACUUCAGCAAAGCAGACACUAUAGGUAAGCUUCCAGAACUUUUUAAAAAUGUAUUCAGUUUUUGUAGACUAUAUUUAAAUUUAUGAAUGACAUACUGCUUUCUAUUUUAUGGCCAAAUGUAAAUGUUAUGUACGUACAUCUCUUAGCAUGCUCUUUGAAAUGUGGGGUGCAGAUAUUUGAGAAAUGGGGUGCUCAGCACUUGCUGAGUGAGGAAGAAGCAAUUGUCAGAUAUUUGGUCACAUUUGUGCUCUGACGUACUGUCUGUUUCUCAGUGCUUAAAAUAAUAAAUGAAAGGCACUUUUAUGUUUUUGUCAAUAAUAUUUAUUAAGUGAAUGAGAAACAGGAAGUGGUCUAGGCACUGUUUCUUGGUCUCUCCCUCAAUUGUAAGAUCGGGAGUAAUGCGCUUAUCUGAAAUUUCUGACACGGCGUACAUUAAAAGGUAUUGCUCCUUACAGGUUUCCUUGUCUAGGGUUAUCUAUAUCACUGAUAGUGGUGUGCAGAACAUUGUUGUAAUAUGAUUCAUGCCGUCUGCAACUGAACGGGUAACUAAGUCAGAAGUGGGUAGGCAGACUUUAUUUUAAAUUUUUACUUUAAAUUAUCACAUUACCUGCCCCUUGCUAGUCAGAGGUAUAUUAUAUUUAAUUUAUUUUCUUGAAACAUGGAACAAAGUUCAUAUGUGCCACUUUUUAAAUUUUGCAUAUUCUUGUUGGAUUAUCCAGAAACUAUAGAAAAAGAAAUGAGAAAUAUAUUUAGUAUUCCGGUGGAGAAGGAGACCAGACUAUGGAACAGAUAUAUGACAAAUACGUAUGAGCAGCUCACCAAACCAGAGAACACUGUGCAGGAUGCAGGACUUUAUCAGGGCCAGGUAAAGACAUAUUUCUUUAAAUAUUGUCUGCUUGCAAAGACACUCUUAUUGUCCUUUUCAUUUUAUUUCCAUUUUGUUUUUUCCCCUCCCUUCAUAGGUUCUGGUAAUAGAACAGAGGAAUGCAGAUGGUACAUGGCCCAGGCAAUCACAGUCAAAGUAAGUCCUUAGUGAAUAUAUUCACAUGUAUGUAUAUAUGCCCUUUCAAAGAAAACAAAAAAGUAUUUUGCGGCUAUUAAGUGUAUUUCAUAUGUGUUUUUGUUUUUUUUAAAUGCUGCCCUGGCCAACUAGCAUCUCCUCAUAGAGAUGCAUUGCGUCAACUAAAUUCUGGAAGGAAAUCUAAAUGGUUGUCACCAUAGCAGGAAGCAAUUAGACUUGUUUUGACAUUAAAAGUACACUCUAGGCACCAAAACAACUUUAGCUUCAUUAAAGGACCACUACAGUGCCAGGAAAACAAACACUUUUUCCUGGCACUAUAGUGCCCUGAGGGUGCCCCCACCCUUAGGGUCCCACUCCUGCCGGGCUGAAGGGGGAGGAAGGGGGUUAAACACUCACCUUUCUCCAGCGCUGGGCUCCCUUGGCGCUGGGGACUCUCCUCCUCCUUCCAACGUCAUCGGCUGAAUGCACAUGCGCGGCAAGAGCCGCACGCCCAUUCAGCCAGUCCAUAGGAAAGCCUUCUCGAUGCUUUCCUAUGGACGCUGGCGUCUUCUCACUGUGAAAAUCACAGUGAGAAGCGCGGAAGCGCCUCUAGCGGCUGUCAAAGAGGCUGGAUUAACCCAUAUUUAAACAUAGCAGUUUCUCGAUGGCCUUCUAGAGCCUACAUUAGUCUCAGGAGUGUGAUUAAAGUUCAAUUUACAGAGCAGAAGAUACAAAAAAUUCUGAAGUGAAGUUAGAGGAACCCUAUAGUCACCUAAAUUACUUUGACUAAAUAAAGCAAUUUUAGUGUAUAGAUCAUUCCCCUGCAAUUUCACUGCUCAAUUCACUGUCAUUUAGGAGUUAAAUUACUUUGUAUCUGUUUAUGCAGCCCUAGCCAUACCUCCCCUGGCUAUGAUUGACAGCCUGCAUGAAAAAAAACGGUUUCACUUUCAAACAGAUGUAAUUUACCUUAAAUAAUUGUAUCUCAAUCUCUAAAUUGAACUUUAAUCACAUACAGGAGGCUCUUGCAGGGUCUAGCAAGCUAUUAACAUAGCAGGGAACAAGAAAAUCUUAAUUAAACAGAACUUGCAAUAAAGACAGCCUAAAUAGGGCUCUCCUUACAGGAAGUGUUUAUGGAAGGCUGUGCAAGUCACAUGCAGGGAGGUGUAACUAGGGUUCAUAAACAAAGGGAUUUAACUCCUAAAUGGUAGAGGAUUGAGCAGUGAGUCUGCAGGGGCGUGUUCUAUACACCAAAACUGCGUCAUUAAGCUAAAGUUGUUCAGGUGACUAUAGUGUCCCUUUAACAUAUUGUUGAAAAUGAAACCAUUUUGUGAGUCAGUCUGAGGAGCUAUAGCUAGGACUGCAUAAACAGAAACAAGUUAUUUAACUCCUAACUGGCAUUGAAUUGAGCAGUGAAACUUCAGGGGCAUGAUCUAUAUGCAAAAACUGCUUAAUUAAGAUAAAGUUGUUUUAAUGCUUCUAGUAUUGCUUUAAAAACAAGUCAUGGGUGUAGCAACAAAACAAAAUAAGAGGGCAGAAGUAUAGCUGCAUGUUAUAUUAAAACCUCUUGAACAUUAAAGGCUUUAUACCACCUGACAAUUUUAACACCCCUACUGUGCACUAAGAAAGUAUUCAAACCCAUUUUUCAUACUUUUAUGUUUUAUCCUUAUGCUACACUUUUAUUUUUUUAAAUCUACACUGGUUAUCCUAUACUGACAAAGCAAAAACAGGUUUUUGAAAACUUUGCAGAUUUAUUAAAAAGUAAAAACUGAAAUAUCACAGUGACAUAAGUAUUUGGAUCCUUUAAUUUUGCUCUGAUUCAUCCUAUUUCUCUCGGCCAUGUUUGGGGUGUUUCUACAAUUUGAUUUGUGUCCACCUGUGGCACUUUCAAAUAAUUAGACAUGAUUUUGAAAGGCUCAAACCUCUCACAGCUAUAAUUGCAUAUCCGAGGAAAUCUAAGUCAUGAGUUCAAAAGAGCUGCCUGCAGAGUUUAGGGACAUGAUUGUGUUGAAGCACAGACCUGGGGAAGGCUACAAAUAAUUGCGGCUCCAUUGAGGGCUCCCAAGAGCACAGUGGCCUCCAUAUUAUAUUGCAGCGUUAAAAGGACAUCGAUGAAGUGGUCUGGGUGAUUUAUAGUGUGCCUUUAAGACCGUUGCUAUGUUGUUCAACUGUACUUUCCUACAUUCCCAUCAAAUACAUAUUUAUAUAUAAAAAGGUUUUAAGGAACAGUAUAAAGUUAGCAAUGCAGUUUUGUAUUCCGAACGCUAUCGUGUCUCAUUGUAUAUUUCUUUAGGCAGCCUAUGUCUUCCAUGUAAAUGGUUAAAAACCCUGUCUUUUACUUGCCUCUCUCCAGCAACCACACACUGAUGGGGUAACCUAAUGUGCAUUUGCAGCAAUGCCACACGUGCAUUAGAGGUUCCCCAUAGGAAGCGCUGAAUCAAUGCUUUCCUAUGGGGAUUUUGAAGACGCUAGGUGUCCUCAUGCAAAUUUUAAGGAGAUACAUGCUUUCCUCUGAUUUCCUACAUUUAUAAAGCACAAAAUUAAGUAUAAAAAUAAUAAAAUGGCAGAUAUAUUAAGUGUGUUUUUUUUUUUUUUUUACUUAUAUCAAUGCAACUAUAUAAAAAAAAAAAAAACUCAGAAUAGAUUCACUUGUUAGUCCUGAUAGUUAAAAUACUGAUCCUGAUGUGUACCAUGCUAUAUCUUGACAUUAGCCAUCAAUCACUGCAUAGGGUUGCGGCAAGUAACAGCAAUUUUAUUCAGCCAUUUAAAGGGACACUAUAGUCACCAAAACAAUUUUAGCUUAAUUAAGUAGUUUUGGUGUAUAGAUCAUGCCCCUGCAUUCUCACUGCUCAAUUCUCUGCCAUUUAGGAGUUAAAUAACUUUGUUUAUGAACCCUAGUCACACCUCCCUACAUGUGACUUGCACAACCUCCAUAAACACUUCCUGUAGAGAGUCAUCUACAGUUUAUCCUUCCUUUAUUGCAAGUUCUGUUUAAUUUAGAUUUUCUUAACCCCUGCUAUAUUAAAGGACCACUAUAGUGGCAGGAAAACAUACUUGUUUUCCUGGCACUAUAGGGUCCUUGGGUCCUCCCCACCCUCUAGACCCCCUCUCGCCGGGCUCUAGGGGAUGGAAGGGGUUAAAUCUUGCCUAUUUCCCCCCGCCGGGCUCCUCCUCCUUUUCCCCGUCAUUGGCUGAAUGCGCAUGUGCGUGAAGAGCCGCGCGCGCAUUCAGCCAGUCCAUAGGAAAGCAUUUUCAAUGCUUUCCUAUAGGCGCUGGCAUCUUCUCACUGUGAUUUUCAGUGAGAAGCGCGGAAGCGCCUCUAGCGGCUGUCAAUGAGACAGCCACUAGAGGCUGGAUUAACCCAUAGCUAAACAGAGCAGUUUCUAUGAAGGGGAAGGAAGGGGGUUAAAUCACAGUGAGAAGCGCGGAAGCGCCUCUAGCGGCUGUCAAAGAGACAGCCUCUAGAGGCUGGAUUAACCCAUAUUUAAACAUAGCAGUUUCUCUGAAACUGCUAUGUUUACAGCAGGCAGGGUUAAUCCUAUAUGGACCUGGCACCCAGACCACUUCAUUAAGCUGAAGUGGUCUGAGUGCCUAUAGUGGUAAUUUAAUAGCUUGCUAGACCCUUCAAGGCCCUCCUGUAUGUGAUUAAAGUUCAAUUCACGGAGAAAGAGAUACAAUUAUUUAAGGUAAAUUACAUCUGAUUGAAAGUGAAACAGUUUUUUUUUUUUUUUUCAUGCAGGCUCUGUCAAUCAUAGCCAGGGGAGGUGUGUCAAGGGCUGCAUAAACAAAAAAAUGAUUUAACUUCUAAAUGGCAGUGAAUUGAGCAGUGAAACCAGAGAGGCAUGAUCUACACACAAAAACUGCUUCAUUAAGCUAAAGUUGUUUAGGUGACUGUAGUGUUGAUGUCUGUAGUGUUCCGGGUGUAGGCAGAGUGAGAUCCCUAGUCUAAUUCGUAUGGCUCAUUGAGCAUUUUAACUGUCCUCUUUGAGCUAUUCAUUAAGUGAUCCUGAUAUGAAAAGUGGGAUGCCUGUACUGGAAUACAAUUUUAUUCUUAAUUUUCAGGAUUGUUAUCCUGUAGGUGUAUUUUAAGCUUUUGGCUUUAUUUCUAGAUCAAGCACAGCGACAAGUAGAAGCUUUACUACCUCUGGAAAAUCAUCAACAUGCAGUUACUCUGCUUCAUCGUCAUCCUCCUCUUCAGCUAUUGCAAAUGGGGAGAGCAGCAGCUCCUAUGCACUGAACAACAGUUCCAGGUUGGGCAAAGGGUAACAUUAAUCUUCUUUUAAAGUCCAUACAUGCUACCAUCAAAUAGUUAUUUCAGAAAUGGAAUUUCUACUGCUAAUGUGACUUAAAAAAAAACUACGGUAAUUUUGAAAUACCGAUGGGUACCUGAAAAAUUGCUUUUGUGUAAGGGAGUACAGCAUGUCCUCUACAUCACUGCUGUCUUACGUUUCUGGUAUUUUCAAGCACUGUGUUAUGAAUUUGUAUAUUAUAACUUUUUUUAAAUGCAAUUAGAAGAGGUUUGUUUGUUUUUUUGCUAUAAUUACAAUAUUGGAAACGUAUGUCAGAAUUGCUGCUAUUAACUUCUUAAGGACCUAUACGUUUUUGUGCUGCAACGUGUUUGUAUCAAGGUCUUCUUGACUCUUUUGCAUUAUGCGUUCAUUCUAGAAUUCUAUUGUAUACAGAACUCAAUAUUAAAUAGGAAUAAAAUAUUUUAACAAAUUGGGGAAAAACUGUAAAUGUGUAUAUAUUUUUAGGUUUACAUUUAAAGGGACACUCCAGUGCCCAAAUAGAAAAUAAAAAUCUGUUUACUAGCUAUAUUCCAAAUGAAAACUUGUAUGUAUUUAAUUAGAUUCCUUUUUAUUUUGUGUGUGUGUGUGUGUGUGUGUGUGUGUGUGUGUGUGUGUGUGUGUGUGUAUAUAUAUAUAUAUAUAUAUAUAUCUGCUUGCUGAACCUGCAGAUGGUUUGUUAGCUGUCUUUGCAAGUCCUACUUUCCUAACCCCGCCUAGACUUUAUGUAGCUGUCCAAUUGGAGACUUUCCAAUGCAUCUCAAUGAGCAUUAUUUGCAAGGCAGUUAAUGUGGCCAUUUGAGUUUAGCUCAACUUGGCUAACCAAACCAGAAAGCAACUGGACCUGUUGACUGCUUGAAAGCCAGGUGGUGUGUAACAAGGUGAAUUUAUAAGUGUCUCAGUUUUGAUAGAAAUCUGCAGUUUUUGUAACAUGAAAAAACAGAGGACACAAUCUUCACACACAAAGCUUUUCAGCUAAGAUAACGUGCUUUAGGGGUCUGGAGUGUCCAUUUAAUAUUUUCUACACAUCAACUGCAAAUAAAGAAAACUAACUCAAAAUAUAUACACUAAUUAGCCCUGAUUGUUAAAAUGCCCAAUAUGUCUAGGAUUUCAGUACAUUUUUAAAAGUUAUAAAACAAAUACUGCAAUGUGUGAAUUACACUUUUAAAGCUAAACUUUGCAAAAUUCGGCAUGCAGAGAUUAUAAAUUUAAUAGCGGUCACGGAAACCAAAAUCACUACACAAAAGCUUAUAACCCGGAUUUGCCUGGGUUUGUUGUCAUUUAAUAAAACGGACAAAGGUAUCUGGAAGUAGCCCAGAAACCAUGUAAAGCAAAAGAUGUGCAUUUUUGUGGUUGACUUAUGGAGAAAAAUGAAAAUAAACACCACACAAACCUAAACUAGCAUUUUUUAACUUUACAAGUAUGUUAUUAGGAUCUUUUUAUACGUGACUUACAGCUAAAUUGAAACAGUUUUAAGGUUUGUCCUCUGAAAGCCAGAAUAUGUAAUUAUAGCGUUUCUUUAUCAAACUUUUCAAUUGGUACAAUUUUCUUCCUGUUUCAGUGGCUAUAGUACCUCCUAUAAUUCAUACAGCUACAGAGAACCACAGUCUCAACCAGGUCUUUGUGGGCUCAGCAACCUUGGCAACACCUGCUUCAUGAACUCUGCUUUGCAGGUAGGCACAUUACCUCCAAAAAGUGGUUUACUGGGGUUGUGGACCUAAAAAAAGAAUCUUCUCCAUCUCUCUCCUUCUGUCCUCCCUUCGUAGUGUCUGCUGUGUGUAUGCAUACUGCUGUGUUUAGUAUGUGUGUGCAGGGCUUGUUGGCUGUGUGUGUGGUGUGCACUGGCUUCAUGCUAUGUCUGUGUGUAAUGUGGGGGGUGUAUGCGGUGUUCAAUGUGGGGGAGGUUGUUGGGUUGAGAAUGUAAGGAUGCUCUGUGUCUUGCCCCCCCUCUUGUUUACCUUUCUUCCAGGGAGGGUGAGUAAUUGUUUUUUAGAGCAGGCAGUGGCUCCAGCAGCGAACAGAAUGCAUAUAAAGCCUGAUGCCACCAUUAGUAUAUGCUAAUAUAUAAGUGGAACUUCAAAUAUAGCAAUAUAAACUGAGUGCUCAAUGGAUCCAGAGUGUUACUCUUUAUCAUGUGACAGCAGGGGGUUUCUGGCACCAUAACCAUUCCAUGGUGCUGUAGUGGUUAUGAUGCUUUAAAAUUGGUUGUGCCAUUUGUAAUUUCUACAUGGUCAUCUACUGCUCAUUGCAUGUUAUUGAAUGUUAAUCCAUAAAAUGUUUUAUUCCACACAAUCCUGUUUAACCAUUGAAAAGACAUUUGUUUUUGUUUGUAAGUCAGAAAAGGUGAUGUCAAUCUUUUAAUAAUUUUUUUUCUUGCAGUGUCUGAGUAAUACUCCUCCACUGACGGAGUACUUUAGAACAGAUGAGUAUAAGAAGGAGAUUAACCGAGACAAUCCACUGGGGAUGAAAGGAGAGAUUGCAACGGCCUAUGCCGAUUUGAUCCGACAAAUCUGGUCAGGGGACCACUCCUAUGUGGCUCCACGAAUGUUUAAAGUAAGUGAAAAUGCAUACAUUUUGCAAUUACUGGAACAAAAGAAAUAUAGAAACAUUUUGAAAAUAUACUGGUUGAACAGGUAGCAGAGAAGCUUUUAGAAUUUUGCAGAGUUUCAUGUUUAAUGUCAAGGUUGGAAACACUAAAAGGAACAAAAGUGUUGUGAAUACAAACCUGUAUUCCUAACACUAUAAUGUCUCCAUCCUUAACCAAUUAGGUCUGCCCCACCGCCCAAUCAUUAAAGGGUUAAAAACAUUUUUACUUACCUUAAUUCCAGUGCCGAGACACCCUUGGCGCUGGCCAGGUCUCCACCUACAACAGCAUGACGAUAGUGAGACCUAAAAUGCUGUGCAUGCAUUAAAGCUUCCACUUAGGAAAGCAUUGAAUCCAUGCUUUUUUAUAGAGCAUUUGAAGACGUUUGACGUCCUCAUGCAAAGGCACUGCACCCAGACCAUUUCAAUGAGAUGAAGCAGUCUGGGUGCCUGUAGUGUCCCUUUAAGUAAUUAAUGGAUUAGGCGAUAAUUUGGAUUACUUUAGGUAUAUUAAAAACAUGUGCAUUGGAAAUUGGGUUGGGUAAAAUCUGCUCAAUGAGUGAAUAAAACAUCAGAGGAGAUGUGUGACUCACCAAUGGACAAAUUGGAAGGGAAAAAACAAAUUUUAUAACGCAGCAUUAAAAAGUUUUCAUUCUGUCUUGUGCUGAAGAAGGAAGGGAAGGGGAUAUUCUAAAUUCUUAUAAAUGCCUUCACAAAAGUAAACUAUAUCACAGUUAAAAGUUACUGCAAAAUUUGUAGAAUAAAAUGCAGAUUUCCUUGAAGUCUCUGAACAGCUAAGGGCACAGUAUUAUUGACAUUUAUAUAUAUAUUCUUUACUAGUACGGUUGGACUUUGAGAGCAGAAUUGGAAAGGGUUUAUUCAAACAGCAUUUUGCUCAAGAUCCAAUGGUGUUACUAUACUUUAAGGUGCCACAGCAAGUAUUAGCUCUACUAGUUUUGGGAAGUGUCUUGGUCCCCACUGUAAUCCCCCCAGUGUUGCCAACAAUUAAGAGAUUUUAAAAGACCUACCUAUUGUGUAUUGUUUUCAACUUGCUCCCAUAAUGUCUCCCCAUACAAUGGUAAAGCAAUGUCUGCAUCUCAAUAAGUUCACUUUACUCCCUAGUCAGACCUUACUUUGGCUACACAACCAUACAAUCUGGUUUAGCAAGGUGGGUUACAAACUUUUAAAACAUUAACACAUUAAGUACUCAUGACAACGACCGUCAAUCUGCUUAAAUUGCUCCAAACACCUUCCUACCAGGAAAUGCAUCUGAAGAUCGCACACCAUGCAUAUUAUUUCCCUCAAAAAAUAUUUCCUUAAACUCAACUGUUUAAAAUGUGAGACAGAUGGAGUAGACCUGUAACAUUGCUUUGGGUAAUGUGAGACAAAGCUAUGGUGUCUCCUGACAUUGUUAGGGCGUGGUGUUAGGGGAGAUGGGAAGGUCUUCCUGGGCCGCUACCAAGAUGACUCUACGCAGAACUUCCUUACUCGUAUCUGCUCCAAUUGGCUCCUCCCUGAAAGGCUCUAAAUCCAUGGGAUAACUGUAUCCCUCUUUCCUACAGUAUAGCCUCAUAUACAUUUUGUUAAUUAUUUUUUAAUAGUGGGCAUAGUUAUCAAAAAACCCAUAUUUGAUGGCUUUUUAUGUAUUUUUUUAUUUUUUAUUAGUGUUUGUAAGCAAAGUAAAUCCUUACUGGCAAAAGCUAUAUUACUAAAAGGGAAAGCAAUUUGCAGUGAGACUUACAUUCAAGCCCAAUCAUCUAUCCAAAUAUAAGACCAGUGUCUAAAAGAUAAAGACUGUGCGUGAAUGUGUUGAUUAAUACAUCUGUUUUAAAUUUUCUACAUCUUUAUCUUUUUUGUUAGACCCAGGUCGGCAGGUUUGCACCCCAGUUUUCUGGCUACCAGCAGCAAGACUCUCAAGAGCUGCUAGCUUUUCUGCUGGAUGGUCUGCAUGAAGAUCUCAACAGAGUUAAAAAGAAGCCCUAUUUAGAGCUGAAAGAUGCCAAUGGCAGGCCAGAUUCGGUAUGAAUUGUCCAUGAAAAAUCCUACAUUAAUACGCAUUUAAUGUAUAACAUUUAUAAAACUGACCAUUUCUAUUGAAAUCUGCUCUUAUUGUAAAAUGGGAAAAAAGUUAAAGCUAAAGUUCUUUAGUGGUUUGGAUUGUCCAGCUGAUAUGCUUAAGAGCUGUUUUAAUCUACAGUCUUGUCUGAAUUCUUACGUUUUCCUUUGACAAGUCAUUGUCAUAGUUAAAAAAAUUAUUUUCAAAGACCAAUACAGCAAAGCUGGUUAUGAUUUGACUUGUUGUAGUCUUUUAUUGUUAUUCAAAUGUUUGAGUAAAAAUGCACGUGUGAUCCAGACAGUGAUGUUUGGUAUUUUUAAUCUUGCUCCCUGAAGUUUAAGUAGGACGUGUAUUAUGAUACUAAUGUCCAUGCUCAGUCAGUAACUUUUUCUUAAUAUGGAAAUUAAUGUCAAGUGAACUGUUAAUUCGUACUCAUCCUUGCAGGUUGUGGCAGUAGAAGCAUGGGACAAUCAUCUGCGGCGGAACAACUCUAUCAUUGUUGAUAUUUUUCAUGGCCUUUUUAAAUCCACACUGGUUUGUCCAGAAUGCUCUAAAGUCUCUGUGACCUUUGAUCCCUUCUGUUAUCUGACUCUUCCACUACCGAUGAAGAAAGACCGGACUAUGGAAGUGUUUUUGGUCCGUGCUGAACCCCAGUGCAAACCAACACAGGUAGACUAUUCUUUGCAUAAAACCCGUUAAGGACACGACAUGUGUGACAUGUCAUAAUUCCAUUUUAUUCCAGAAGUUUGGUCCUUAAGGGGUUAAAGGGACACUAUAGUCACCAGACCAACUACAGCCUAUUGUUUUUGUUCUGGUGAAUAUAAUCAUUCCCUUCAGUCUUUUUGCAGUAAACACUGUCUAUUUAGAGAGGGCUGGGGGGCUAGAUGUUGAUUUUUAACACAAUACAGGAAUACAUAUUUGUGUUCAUUUAACUUUAGUUUUUUUCACUGCUAGGGGGUAUCCGUUGUUUUAGUACAGCUUGACAAUUUACCUCUGGGAGUAAGAUUUAAGCAAAGUUAAUGAACUAGCAAUGUGGCCUUUUAAAUGGACAAUUCAAGCUGUAGUUGGCUUGUUUUUAUUUUUAUAUAUAUAUAUAUAUAUAUAUAUAUUUAUUUAUUUAUUUUUUUUGGAUGUGUAAUAUGAUCUAUCAAAAUAUAUGCAGCAAAAAAAAUUGCUGCAAAUCCUCAAGCCUUGUGAGCACUGCAAUGAACUCUGUCCAAACAAAGAAGUGAUUGCACCAAAAAUGAUUUCCUUUUUCAUUUAGCACUGCUAAGCUUAUGUUAUAAGCAAGGCUUUUAUUGGCAUAACAGCAGGUUCUGGUAGUUGUAAUUCAAUUGUCAGGUGUCUACCUAAAAAUGUAAUUGCCGCUUGCCUUGGAGAGCUCAAACAUUUUAAUACAAUCAGGAUGACUAGGGUGGCAAUAGUGGCAGCAUUGUUUAGCUUGUCUACCCCCUCAUUUAUAAAGUUUAAAACUAAAAUUGCAGACAAACAUUUGAUGGGUCAAUUGACAGCCACGGUAUAUAGUUACUUCCCUUCGUUCUACAAGAUAUGGCUGUAUUACACAUCUGCAGAUUUAUUCAGACAGGCCUCGAAGACAGCGUUUCAUCACAAGGGCCCCCACCCUCCGCCUUUAUUUUGUUAGAACAUGUUAUUGGUUAUGGCCAAUCUAGUUUGGAAAAUGUUGAUUGGGACAAAUAUCUUGCUUUGUACAGUACAUCUCCAAUAUUAAUAAAAAUAAACUGUGCCUGAUUCACACAGCAAAAUCAUAUUUAUUAAAUAAUUAAAGAAUAAUAACAUACCACAAAACCAUAUGUAUUCUAUCCUACAAAUGGCACUUAGUGUAUGGUUACCUGGAGUUUAUCUUAUAGGCCAAUAAUUUCUGUUACAGGCAAUCGUGUUGCUUGUAAAGUACAUAUUCACUUUUUUAAUCUUGAUAUUUAUUUUGUUUCAGUACCGAUUAGUUGUACCUAAGAUGGGAGCUGUUUCUGACUUGUGCGCAGCUUUAUCUAAGCUAUCAGAUGUGCCCGCUGAAAAUGUAAGCAUGACCUUUCCAGGGUGAUUUCUAUCGAUAUAUUGUCAUUUUAAUUCCGGUUAGCCUUGACAACCCAUAGCAAGAUAAGUGGUUUUUGUGAGAACUAUACAGUGAUAAAGCCAGUUUGAGUGCAUCAAAAGAACAUUUUUCCAUUUGCCAAAAGGCUUUUAAGAAGCCAUAAAAUCGAGUGUUGUUGUGUGAUCCUAACACGUAUAGCUUGGUGGAAAGACGAGACAGGGGAUAUGAUAGAAACAUUUUAAAUACAUAAAGGGGAUCAACACCGUAAAGGAUGAGAUAUUUAAAAGAAGAAAAACUACCACAACAAGAGAUCAUAAUCUUAGAGGGGUAAAGGUUUAAAAAUAUGUUGAGGAAGUAUUACUUUACUGAGAGGGUAGUGGAUGCAUGGAAUAGCCUCCCAGCUGAAGUUUUAGUUUAACACAGUGAAGCAGUUUAAAGCGGCACGGUCAUGCCGAACUUACCUUUCCCCAAUCGCUUCCUCUUUCAGGAUCUGUUCUUCAUUUCUUCCUGUCUAAUCUAGUUUAUUAUUGUUUUUAAACAUAAGACGAAGUAGGGACUAUUUUGUUUUAUAUAUUUUUCUUACGCUUGUCUAGCUUUGACCCAGGUGAGGCACCAACUUCGCUCCAUUUCCUGUGGUGAAAGCAAUUUCCCCACAAUUCUCACGUCUCCUGCAGCUGCUUAAUUCGGGGUUCAAACGCUGGAGAAACUGCUGAAUUUCAUCCUAACAAAAUGAGAACAGUUUGUGCAUUCGUGUUAGAACGUAAUUCGGUACUUUUUGUUCGGUUCGAAAUUUCAUUAGAAUGAAAGAAAUUCGUAUCGGGAGUAGAUUCCCUAACUCCCACGGUAUUAGGCAGCCAUCUACUAAAAGGCCGAAAGACCAAAAUUGGUCUUUCAGCCAAAUGUAUGAAUACGAAGUAAAGAUUAAAAUCUCCAUUCUGCCCCUACUCGCUAUACUGUACUGUGAGUAGGGGCAUUCUACUAAACAGUGAGAUACUAGUGAGCAGCCAGUCAGUUGUGUAAAAAAAAAAAAAACACCCAACAUUCCAAUAAAGUGCCACUUAGUGGGGCACCUAUAAAAAAAAAAAAAAAAUCUAUGGGGGGUCGACAGUGUCCCCCGAACCCCCACACGUGCACUAAACAGAGGAUCUAGUUGUCCCCCCUUGGCCCCUACCCAUGAGCGGCAAGUGUGGGGGCCCAUGUGAAAAUAUAGGGGGGAGGGCCUUUUGUCCAGCCCCAUCAGCGGUGGUGGGUUCCCAAAGUUACAUAGGGGGAUCUAUUGUCCCAUAAUGGUCCUCCCCGCCUAUUCUCACUAGGGUCCCCACCAGCCGCUCAUGGGUAGGGGCUGGAGGCAGUAGGUUCCCACUCCCAUUGUAUCUGAGAGGCCUCCACCUGCCGCUCAUGUUUAGUUUAGUGUCCCCCAUUUGCGAUGCACGAGUGGGGGCCCAUGGGCAAAGUCUUUCCUCCCCCAUUGAUUAUUUUUAUUGGUGCCCCACUAAGGGGUACUUUAUUGGAAUGUUGGGGGUCUUGCUUUGACCACAGGAAAUGGAGGGGACUUAGCUCCUCCCCUGGGUUAAAGCUGGGCAAGUGUAGGAAAAACACCUAGGACAAAAUAGUCCCUACUGUCUUAUGUUUUAAAUAAAGUAGAUAGAAAGAAUUGAAGAACAGAUCCUGAGAGAGGGAGAGAAGAGGAAGCGAUUGGGGAAAGGUAAGUUUGGCAUGACAGUGCCACUUUAAGCAUGCAUGGGAUAGGCUUAAGGCUAUCCUAGCUAUAAGAUAAAGCCAGAGACAGAGCUAUUUAGAAAAUUGGGCAGACUAGAUGGUCUGAAUGGUUCCCAUCUGCCGUCACAUUCUAAGUUUCUAUUAUACACAUCAUUGUAGCUGCUGAAAAGAACACUUUAUUACACCCCCCUCACCCCUCAAAAAAUUAGUCACUGUUUAGUAGAUCUACCCCAGUGAAAACAUGCAUACAUUACUUUAUGCAUUUUUUUCCCUUUUUGCAGUAUAUCUAAAAGCAGUCCAGAUCUUUGGACUGCAGCCUUUGCAUGUCCUCUCCUUACUCCAGUCAGAGACUUUUCAUUGAGAAGCCUCUGUGCUGGAGGCAUGAUCACACAAUUGUGGCUUUCCAAUGCUACUCAAUGAACUGUAAAUGCUCUCAUUGACAACAGGGCAAGGCAGGUGUGCACUAACAUUGCCUACCUGGCUAUCUGACAACCAGGAUGGCGUUUCUGCCCCAAUUAUAAAAGUGCCCAUUUUUAUUUUUUUUAAUGAAAACUGUCACUUUUAUAAACGGUCAGUAAUGUGACAGUCUCCAGACACCUAUAGCACUUCAGUAAGCUGAAGUGCUUUGUGUCUGGAGUGUUACUUUAAUAGCAUGUUGCAUAAUCCAGACAUGACAUUACCUAUUAUAGCAAGCCUGCAGUUGUUUUUGUCUUGACAGCCCUGUCACUUUUGUAUUACAGAUGGUGGUAACAGAUGUUUACAACCACCGAUUUCACAAAAUCUUUCAGAUGGAUGAAAUGCUGAGCCACAUUAUGGAGAGGGAUGAUCUCUUUGUGUGAGUAAACUGUUGGUUUUUGUGCAUAUACAAGACAAAUCGUCAUGCUUAAUUUGUUCUGCCAUGUUAAAUUUGUUCUGCCAUGUUAAUAUUCUGAGCAGAAAUGCUCUACAGGCUUUGCAAGUUUGUACUGAGGAAAAACUCUAAAUCUUACAUUCUUAAAUUAAGACUAAUGUUGCAUUUAACAAUUGCAGCAAUGUGUAGUUUGGUGCGGGUUAAACAGCAAUUAUUGAAGAGGGAUACAUGUAUACUGGGAAUUGCUACUUUUUGUAUGUUAGAAUUUUUUUGUGUUCCUAUAACAAUUUUAAGGGAGGCAUAGAUUGGUGGUAAAAUAGUUGCAUGAACAGGGUCAAAAUACCCCAAGUUUAAUACCUUAGGUUGUCUUCUUUUAAAAAAAAAAAAAAAAAAUUAAUAAUAAUAUAUACAUGUGAAGGGUAAUUUAGGGAUUCCUGACAGAUAUCCGUGUAACUCUAAUUUUGAAAAGAAAUGGUUUGGAAAUAGCAAAAUGCUACUUGUACUUAUUGCCCUAUAACUUGCAACAACAAAAAAAGCUAAGGAUAUGUUCACAUUGGGUAGUUUUUAACUCAGGGCAAAAUUUAGAAACUAUUUAGCACAGGUGUUUUUUGGCGGUUGUAAAUGCUAAACACAUUUUGGGGGUCAAAGUAAAAAAAGUGGUUUUUGGUUCUUUAAAAAAAAAGAGAGGAAAAAAAAAAUUGUGUGUGUGUAUAUAUAUAUAUAUAUAUAUAUAUAUAUAUAUAUAUAUAAUUUUUUUUUUUUUACAGUAAAUUAUGAUAUGAAUACACAAACCAUGUCCCCUCUCCCUCCCACCCCUAUCCCAAGUUGCUAAAGAGGUUAAAACCCCUUUAGUGACUUACCUGUAUCCAGCGCCGAUGUCCCUCGGCUCUGGUUCAGGGUCCGCCCACGAUCCUCCCCCUGCCAAUGUUAUACGGCGGGGGAGACCAAUUGCGCAUUAGAUCUCCCCAUAGGAAAGCACUGAAAAUGCUUUCCUAUGGGGAUUUCAGCGACGCUGGAGGUCCUCCCAUAGCGUGAGGACGUCCAGCGAUGCUAUAGCACAAAAUCUGUGCUAUAAACCCGAGGAGUUAACCCUGCAAGGUAAAUAUUGCAGUUUAUGAAAACUUCAAUAUUUACAGUUGCAGGGUUAAGGGUAGUGGGAGUUGGCACCCAGACCACUUCAAUGGGCAGAAGUGGUCUGUGUGCCUGUAGUGUCCCUUUAAGCUGUAGUGGUUCUGGUGAUUAGUGUUCCUUUAUUACUCAUGACAUCCAUGGACAAUGCCAUAAGCAAGUGAACACAGGUGGUUCUGCAGCAAGGAUUUUCAGUGGCUUUAAUGUUCAUACUUGCAUUAGUACUGCAUGUACAAAUGCCACCAGUAAUAAAUAUCUUAACCCCUUAAGGACCAAACUUCUGGAAUAAAAGGGAAUCAUGACAUGUCACACAUGUCAUGUGUCCUUAAGGGGUUAAAGGAACACUAGAGUAAGGAAUAGAAAUGUGUAUUCCAGACACUAGUGUUAAACGCAUUUUAGGUUGCCAAUCCCUCUUGCUCCUGUAAUAAAGUUAAAACUUACCUUUAUUUGCCCCUGCUCCGUCUCCUUGGCUGACAUCGAAAUUGACAAUAUUAGCCAAUCCAAUGCAUUCCCGUAGGAAAGCAUUGGGAGACUUUCGCACAUUCGCAGCAUGCAUUAAUCCGCAUCUGCUCGUAAAGAUGCAUCUUUGUAAAGGACGUUCAACACUGUAAACACUGCCUUUUUUUCUGAAAAUGCCUCCUAGGACAUACUAAACACACCAGAAUAACUAACUUAAGCUGUAGUUGUUCUGGUGACGAUAGUGUCUUUGUAAGUGCUGGACAUCAAAACGCUAAUGAAGGUCUUAAGUCAGUCAUGUUUUACAUACAAAACCUACACAAGCACUAGUGUGCACAUUAAAUCCUCUUGAUUAAAGAUUUUCCAAAAUUCUGAUGCCAUUUUGAAUUGCGUUUGUUCCACCGUAUUUUCUUGUUUCCACAUUAAGUCUACCCACACAUAUAAGAACCAUUCAUUUAAUUGGAAUUUAUGAUACCAGUAAUGUAUGCAUUUCACAUUAUUUUGUUUGAAUAAAAUAUUUCUUAAAAAUGUGAUAUUAGAAAAACAAAAAUGUUUUCAAAGUUUUACUUUUCAAUGUAUAAAUUAAUUGCAAAAUUAAAAAAAUGGGAAUAGAUCAGUUCUGAUUUUUAAAAUAUCUUCUAAGUCUAGGACAUGUGUGAAUAAAUACUUGUGCUGCAUCUUCUGAGUGCUUUAACCCCUUCGUGACCAGACCGUUUUCAAUUUCCUGACCGUUAAGGACCAGGGCUGUUUUUACAUUUCUGCAGUGUUUUUUAGCUGUAAUUUUCCUGUUACUCAUUUACUGUACCCACACAUAUUAUAUACAGUUUUUCUCAUCAUUAAAGGGACACUGUAGGCACCCAGACCACUUAAGCUAAUUGAAGUAGUCUGGGUGCUGUGGCCCUUUUGCACUUAGUGCUGCAAUGUUAAACAUUGCAGUUCCAGUUCCUCACGGACCUCCAGCAAAAGAUUUCAGUCACCCAGACGGUCACUAGAGGUGCUUUAAUGGGUCAGUGCUGCUCAACAUGCAGCACUGGCAUUCUGCGUCUCUACACACUGCUUGGAGACGCUAAUUGUUUCCCAGGUAGGUGCAUUGAUUCAGAAGAUUUUCAGCGCAUGCACAAUAGCCUCCCAAUGUUUUCCUAAGAUCUGGAUUGGAUGAGAUCAUCAAGAUUCAUGCAGCCGUGAUGAGACCAGCACACGAUAAAGGUGAGUAAAAUCCUUUUCACUGCUCUGACAGGGGGGGCUGGGGGCCUACAUAGAUGUUUGUAUUCCUGACACUAUAGUGUUUCUCUAUACUUUUAUGUGCAGUGCUGCUCCUUCUUUCUAUAUAAAGAUUCUUAACUUGUUCAGACACUAUUGUUCCUAUGGUCAACUACAUAAAUUGUAGGCCCUUCUAUUGUACAAGGUAAAUGUUAAAACAUUAAUCUGUAUUAAUGUCUCAAUGCAUAUUUCUUCCUUUAAAGCUACGAAGUUAAAUCUCCAAGAGCUGAUGAUUCAGAAUGGCUCACACUGCCCAUAUGCUUCAGGGAGCGGCGUUUUCGUCAGACAACUUCUGCUGGCACAGUUCUAUUUGGACAGCCACUCCUAAUCUCCGUACCAAGACACAAUCUCACUGCAGACACCUUGUACAAUAUUGUAUUGGAAAGAAUCCAGUAAGUGUUACUUGAACUUAAAAGCAGCUGCAAAUACAGCAACAAGUCUCUUUCUCAAUGCAGAUUUUAAAGUCUGACAAAUUCUAAAUGUUUGGUUUAACUACAGUUUUACACAAUGCAUAUUAAUAUUGCAGAAGAGUAUACCUUUCACGAUUUUUGGGGGGGCAAUAACAUGUUAGGACCGACUUGUGGACAUAUUAUUUCCGUUCUGGGUUAUCUGAUUACAUUUACCUCUAGCAUAUUCUUGAAAAUUAGUCCAUUUAUUAACUCCAUUUAUAAAGCAAGUCAGGUUUAAUUUACGAUCUGCGGGUCUUGGUUAAAGCGUUUGUUGUUUUUUUCCUCUUCAUUACUAGCUGCCUAAAAUAAGUAAAUUGAAAUAAUGAAAGAAGAAAAAAAAAUACUUGGAGCUUUUUGUUUAAAGCAUGCUCUGCAACAACUAUGUUUUGUAUGUAAAUUUUUUUCAUUUUAAUUUCUAAUCUUUUCCUGUAGACGUUACUUGAGAUCUCCACUGCCGGAGGCGUACAGUUGCCUAAAUCUUGAUGCCCGGGCUUGCAAUGGCUCUAAUGGAAUUUAUGAUGGUAUGAUGUGUAAUUAAUCAAACUGGAACUAAAUGAAAAUAACUCCAAAACAAAUCCCCAAAGGUGUAUAUUCUUUCACACAUGUGCUCGCAUACACGACUCCAGAAAACAUCUUUUAUUGUCACUUGCAUCACUUCUUUGGCAGAAUGACUUUUGUUGAAUUGGCAAAUUGUUCAUAUAUUUUUACAUAUUGAACAUUAAACCUUUUAUUUUGUAUAUUUUGGGGGGAACUUUCUUAAAGUCCAUUGCAGGCAAGCCCCCCCCCUAUCCCCCCAUGCACUUCCUCUGUAAAUAUUUUUUUAUCUUGCAAAGCAAAUUUGAUUUGUUUUUGUGUUGGUUUUUGUUUUGCUUUGCAAUAGGGCUUGCUGUAUUUCCCAUAUUUUGACUUGUUUUUUUAUUUGUCAAGAUGAGGAAAUGGAUCACCAGGAAGAAAGAGAUGAAAGGGAAGAAUCACAAGGAGAGUCAAAUGGCCAAUCAGAUGAUAGCGUAGAGGAUGAAAGCUCAGAAGGCGGCUGUAGCCCUUGUAACAAGAUGCCAAAGAAAGCCCAAGAUUGCCGCAAGAGGCUAUUCACCUUCAGUCUUGUCAACUCCUAUGCUACAUCAGAUGUGGGUACCAUGCCUGCGGAAGGAUCCAUCCUGAAACUUAACUGUAAGUUCAAACGGUAACAUUUAGAUGUUCGGACCUUUAUUUUCUUUUCUUUUAAGGGGCCAGCGGGGGUGAGGGACCCAAAAAUAUUCAGAGUGUUGUUACCUUUCUGUGGUAGAAAGCAUGCAAUUGCCUACAAAACCAUUAUUGUACCCUAGAAGUGCUGCUUUGCAUUAGUACAUAACGACUGGUAGAUUUCCAUUCCUGAUUUGGUAAGAACUUAGCUGGGAUGCUGCACACUGUGUUUUUGCAUCUAAUACAAAAAAAUUGUUUUUGUUGUUUUUAUUUUUUGCUCUAUAUAAAACUGCUAAUAACAAAGUUAUAGACUGUAAUAAAUUUAUAAAAGAGGCACAUAGGGAACACAAUAGGCACCCACCACUUCAUCUCAAUAAUGUUGUGUGCGUGUGGUCCUCCCCCUACACCCAUGCAGCUGAAAACAUUGCUGUUCACUAAGUGUUUAACCCCUUAAGGACCAAACUUCUGGAAUAAAAAGGAAUCAUGACAUGUCACACAUGUCAUGUGUCCUUAAGGGGUUAAAUAUGCCUUGAAUCGGGACUUAUAUAAAGUGACAAAGAAGGGACUCUUUGUUUAUUGAUACAAACAAUAAAAAUUCUAAACUAGAAAACACGGUAAUAGGUGUAUUCCUUAAAGUAAAAGGUAACUCUAGAACUUUGGUACGUAACCUGUUAAUCUUUGUGUAGUCAUCUAGAUUAUAGUGAUUUUAAUGAAAACUACCUUGUUCCCUUUGUCUUAGCAUGGUGUAUUAUAGGUUUCCUCUGGCGGUGACGUGUGAAUGUGACAAGCUAGGUGGUGGGGGCUUUGUUACCGUGCCUGUUUUGUAGCCCCUAGGCCGCUGGCCUAUCCCUGUUGUGGUAUGGGUGUAUUUUAUCGUUGCAUUGAAAGCAGUUUUGAGGCUACUGAGGACAAGGGUAGAUUAAUGGGAAUGUUUAAGUCCCCAAGAAUUAGGGAUGGAAUAUUAGAGGAGAGGAAAUAGGGAAGCCAAGCAGCAAAGUGGUCAAGGAAGGGGGACGAUGAAUGAUGGCAAUAUUAGCAGAAAUGGGUUUGAAAAGGCGAAUUGACUGAAAUUCAAAUAAGGAGAGGCAUGGCCGCGCUGCCGAUCGCAAUGGAGGAAUAAACCAGAGCUCUACAAUCCCUCACCAGCACCUCUAAAAGCACCCAAAGCCGACCAUGGGGAAGAACUCCAGAGUGGUAAGCUCCCCCAGGAAAUUGGGGUCGCACCAGGUUCACAUAACUGCCUCCAUGCGGCAUUACCUGGCAACGCCGGCGGAUUUAACCUCCCACGCUGCUUCAGAGACCUGUCCACUACCCAUUACUGCUCACAUGCCAACAGUCAUGCACCCUCUGUAUCUUUCUACCUAUUUUCUUUACCAAUGGUUACACAGACUGCACUACUAGCACAUAGUAAACUGGCUUAGGAUUCUGAAAGCAAAAGGGGAAAUGGGAUUGCUUGACAAAAUUUGAAGUUUUUUUUUUUUUAUUUAAACAUUGUUGUUCUCCAAUUAUACAAUAUUUUGUACCUUACACAUAAACACCCCCUCCGACACCCAUUGCCUUAACCAACACUGGUUGGCUCUGCGCACACUCCAUCUCGGUGGGGACUGAGCCCUCCCUGCGCAGGGACCUGGAAGAUUUAUCUAGCUCAAUUUCCACGCCCACACCCGGGCUCCAAUACCUCCCCUGUCCCCCUCUCCUUCUUUCCCUCUCUCCCUCUCCUUCUUUCACUCUCUUCUAGCUCCUGUACGGCGCUCUCUACCGCAACAAAACGUGAGCUCCCUCGCCUCACACAUAGCUAAAGCUCAUGGGUAUAGCAGUGAAAUGACGACCACCCAGACUUACCGAACAGCACCCAUCAACCUCCUCUCCAUAAAUGCUAAAGGCUUUCAUAUACCCCAAAAAUGAUCCCAGGCCCUGAGAUAUUUCCAUAGCCCUAAAUCACACAUAGUGUUCAUUCAAGAGACGCUCCCAAAAUGACGAGUAACUGCUACACACAAUGAUUCGAGUAACAACCUAGAUUGGAAAUCCAAGGGCCCUGCCAUCUUAUUACAUAAAUCCCUACAAUUCCUACACAAAGAGACACUGGUAGUUAAAGGCGGGAUAUAUAUAUAUAUGCGUCAAGGGCAUGGUGCAAACCAAGCCCUACACGCUGCUCAACUUAUAUGUACCCAACACCAAACAAGACCGCUUUAUAAAAUCAACCCUGCAAGCAAUUGAAGGAUUCGCUGAAGGGUACCUCAUCGUCGGGGUGGGGGGGGGAAUCUUAAUGUUGCUCUAAACCCACGCCAGGACACAUCCACAGGCACAUCCACAGGCACCUCCGCAGUACCCGCACACAUCUUACAAACCAUAAACAACUCCCUUCGGAACCAUAGACUAGUGGACUGCUGGAGGGCCACACGCCUGGAAAGCAGGGACAUUACUUUAUUUUCAACCCCUUCAACAUACUCUCGCCUGGAUUAUUUCUUCCUCCCCCCACUAUUACCUAAUGGACUUACAGACCAUCCGCAUAGGCACCACCACAUGGUCCGACCAUGCCCCACUAAUGAUGACCCUGACAUCCCCACUAUAUAGGCCCACCACGAUGAACUGGAGACUCAAUGACACCCUCCUGACUGAUCCACUGACUCUCCAAGAGAUUCGUACCUCCCUCAACAUAUUUUGAAGAAAAUGAUAGAGAAGAAACUACACCGAUGUGCCUCUGGCAAGCCCACAAAUGUGUCAUAAGAGAGGCACUUAUAGCAAAGGGCUCUGCGAUUAAAAGCGAACGGAAGGCACGCUUACCUUAACUUUAACAGGAAAUUCAACAACUUGAGGGGACACACAAACAGACUGGGCGACCUGACAACUCUACGUAGGGAACUCUCGACACUACUCAAUCUCUCAUACCAGAAAAUACCACGCAAACUAAAACAUUCUUCAUUAUGCAGACAAAUGCGGGUCCUUUAAGACAGCCAAAAGGCAAACGAACGCCUACAUACCCAAAAUCAGAGACACACAACCGACUGAAACUCUUACCCACAGACGUAGCCGGUGUCCUUCAUGGAUAUUACUCUGACCUAUACUCAUUAUCCACACAACCUGCAACCCCACCCAGAAACACACAAAACGGACAUUAAGGAAUACCUUGACCGAGACAUAGAUAAACUCCUCCCUGCAGUGGCGAUCCAAGAGCUAGAAGAGCCCCUCGUGGCAGAAGAGCUAAUCUUGAAACUCGCAAAGACUGGGAAAUGCCCAGGUCCAGAUGGUCUGUCUGUGGGCUACUAUAAAAAAAUAUGCAGACAUACUCACACCAAAAUUUUUGAAAGCCUAUAACUCUCUCAGGGAGGGAAGCACCAUGACACAACAGAUCCUGGCAGACAACAUCUUAUUGAUCCCAAAAGAGGGCACCAACUACAGGCCCAUCUCACUACUAAAUUGUGACCUGCAACUAUUUACGAAAAUACUGUCCAUGAGACUCCAACGGCACCUAUCUGGUUUCAUACUUGGAGAUCAGGCGGGAUUUGUUCGCAGGAGGGAGGCAAGGGACAAUACUAUACGAGCCCUGGCGGUCCUACACCACUCUACCCUGACCUCAGAGGGUCUUCUCCUGCUGUCUACAGACGCAGAGAAGGCCUUCGACAGAGUAAACUGGGACUGCUUGUUUGCAGUCCUGCAGAAAAUAGGGAUGGGCCAGAAUAUUAUGAACUGGAUGAAAUCCCUGUACUCCUGCUCCACAGCCAGACUUUGUGUUAACGGAGCACUCACAGACCCUUUCCCGAUCAGUAACGGCACUAGACAGGGCUGUCCGCUGUUUCCCUUGCUCUUCGUUCUGGUCUUCGAACCCUUCCUCGACACGAUCAGACAAAACCCAAACAUAUAGGGGAUGAGAAUUGGCAAAACGGUCCACACCGUGUGGCCUUUGCAGAUGACUUAUGGCUUAUCAAAUUUUAAAAAGAUCAGGUCAUACACAUUCAACGCCUCUUUGCCUUCAAAUGGACAGACUCAGCCUUGAAAUACCUAGGGAUCUGGGUCACAAGGGAAUGCAGCUCUACUGGGCCAACUUCCAGCCUCUCUUAGUGUGGCUGGGGGGAGGACCUAGAGAAAUGGUCACUGCCACACCUCUCUUGGUUCGACAGGGUGGGGAUAGUCAAAAUGAACCUUCUUCCACGACUACUUUACCGGUUUCAAACCGUAUCGGAUGAAAAGAGAGGGGAGGGAAGUAAAGUGGGAGCAAUGAAAAUGGUGUCAGCAGGGACAGGUGAGCAGAGGGAUAAAGAGCUUUUGCUAAUUAGAGAGGUGAGUGUGAAAGUAAAGAAUAUAAGUGAGCGCAUUCUCUAAGGAGAAUAAAAGGAGUUUAUAUAAUAAAGGAAAAUUAGGAUUUUUAUUUAUGCAAAAUUAGAUGGGAUCUUAGUUACAUGAGAUGAAAGGGAUCAGGGGUAGCAGGUAGGGAGUGUGGUAGUUGAGCAGAUGAUGAGGGUUUGAGAGACAUAAUUAGUGUUUGGUAAGUCAGGUAAUUUGUGCUAACUAUAAAUGUAGUGAGUUCCAAAGGGAGGGGUGGGUGGGAAACCAUCCAAAAGAGCUACCUCUGCAUAAGGUUGAAGGUUGUCUUGGUAGCGGAGAAUCAUUGGAGCUAGUUAAUGUUCUGUUUGGUACCCAGGCUGCAUGAAAGGAUCUGGGUUAGAUCAAACGGCAAAAAAAGGGUGGGGAAGACACAGAUAUUGCGGUGAGAAAUGGCAGUUAAUGAGGGAAAGAAAAUAAAGAACAGAGGAGAAAGUACUUGAGAUUUAAAGAUAUAAGGGUAAGUCAUAAAUGGUGGACAUAAAUUAACAUGACUAUCAGCGCAAUACUAACAAAAUAAACCAUUAUCAAAACAAGGGUUAAGCAUGGAAGGUAACAAUUGAGCAGUAAUAUUUUAGGGGAGAGAAGUAAAAAGAGAAACUAAGAAAUAGAAUAAUAGAAUAAAACGUGGUUCAGGUAUUCUUAGGUAGGCCAUCCAAAAGAGCUACCUUUGCUACCAAGACAAGCUACUGCCUUAUGCAGUGUGUCCUGGGAGCUAGUUAAUGUUAUGUUUGACUGUGAAUUGACUGCAUGCAGAAUAACAACAUAAAUGGCAAAAUACUUCUUCCUUCUAUUUUUCCAUUUGAGUACAUGAAGAGGAGAUACAGCGCACAACAGUAGAACAUUUGGUUUGAAUUGUACCAAGAUAAAAUUUUUAUAUAGGCACAUCAGGAUAACUCUCCAGAAAUGUCCUUCAGUUUGAUGUAUUUCCAACCAGUGACCUCCGAUUUGGAACAAGGAACGAGUAAUCCAGACCAAAUAAAAACAAAACUCAGGAAAUUAUUUAUUAGUUUGGUUUAGUUUUUAUUUAGUCUGGAUUAUUCCUUUAUUGUUCCUAGUCAGUGGUGACCAGUUAAAAAGGCAUCAAACUGAAGGAAAUUUCUUGAGUUAUCCUGAUUAUAUAUUUUUUUUUUCUCUUGUAAUUUCAAAUGUGAAUCGAUUUUAUACUGGCUUGCACUAUGUGUCCCCUCUUCCUCUUCAUGCACUAAAGUGGAAAAAUAGAAGGAAGGAUUAUUUUGCCGUUUAUAUUCUUGUUCCGCCAGCAAUCCAUUUACAGCCGUGAGUGCAAUAUAUAUUCCAAGCAGUUUUGUGUUUUUUUUUAAUUUUUUUAAAUGUUAUUACACUGUUUGUGGUAAUUUCCCUUCACUUUUUUGUGGUUGUAUAUAUCAGUUUAUAUAUUUGGAAUAUUCAGAAGGGUCUUUUUUAUAUGAUCUGCAAGUUCAAGUAUAAAUGGGUAAAUAGACAUUUUGUUUGUGUCACUUAUUGGGCUUUUCUCACUGGUGUUUAUUAGUACCACAUUGGGUUUGUUGUGUAUAUGCUCCUUUUGUUUGCCUCCAUUCUCCAGUUGAACUGUGUCUCUGCACCUUUUUGAAAUGUUAUAUCAUGAGUAACCCAAAACUGUCUGAUUUCACUUACAGCUUAUUCUACUGUUGCAAUUGACUGGGAAACUGAAACAAAGAAAUUAUAUUAUGAUGAUCAGGAGGCAGAGGUAAGUCUAACCUUAUUUUUAUUACAUGGGACAUGUUUUCCUAAAAGUCUUUGCUUUUUGGCAAGGGCAAACCCAGGCUUGGUUUUUAUUUUUUUUUAGGUAACAAAGUUUAAGGUGAAAAAAAGCUUUUAAAAAUAAACAAACUUAAAAAUAUAUAUUGUUUAAUUGACUUUGUUCUUGCAUCCAACUGAUUCCUGACCUCUGGUCUGUGGAUACAUUUAGUUGUAUCUGUAAACUUGGAUAGGGAAAACAAUGCAUCUUUAUUUUCACUGAUCUCAAUCAGAAAUUUAGCAUUGAAUUAUUAAAGUUGGCAACAAACCUCAUUAGUAUAAGCAGUAUGUUUUAUUUGUCACCAGUGGAAAUCACAUUUAAUUUCAAAUAUCACUUCAGUUGUUGGAGAUAAUUUCAAAUAGAAUUUACCCUCUUCUCUUAUAUGAAAUGACAGUGCUUGUUUAGACCUGCUGCUGUGAAACUGGGUGAAUGACAAAGAAAACCUGAAAUUAAGAAAUAGUCAAGUUAUAUUUAUGUUGUAAGCUAUUAAUAAAUGCAUCUUUACUAAUAAUGUAUCUAUUAUCUUGUACUAGCCCAAAUUAACAAAUGUGUAAAUUACUAGAUAUUCUUAAAAUAUAAUUUACCCAACAUCAGGUCCCAGUGCUGACUGCACAUUUAGCUUUACAGACUGUCAGUGCACAAGUGUAACUUACACAAUAUCUGGAGCAAAGCACUGCAGGACAGGUGUACAUGGGGGUGUAUACCUUUUGGCAGAACUGGAUACGACUGAAUAUUUCUUUGCUAUGUAAAUUCCACAAAUCACCAGCUGAUCUGUGGCAGUUUGUGAUAUCUGCACUUGUUAUGCCAUGUUUGUGUGUUUGGUGACAGUAUUGAGUAAUACCUGUAGUCACGUGCAUCAGAUAUUGUGCGGUUUCUGAAUGCCUAUAUGGUAGGGGUGUACUGCACCCUAUAGUUACAAAACAAAGGACUUUAAACAGUAAGGAAAACCCUGCUUUUUUUCCUUUCAAGCAGUGCUCAAAAAAUAAAUAAGCAAAUUGCAUUUGUUUGUUAUUGUCCAUGUUGCUUGUCGAUAAUUGUUCCAUACAUCAGUGUCUCAUUGAAUAUAAAAUCAGCCUACUUUGCUCUUAUGUAUAACUUGCAACCACAGAGGUAAAAAUAAAAAGGUGCCCACGCACAGUUUUUAAAAAGCCACCAUUAUUUGUCGAUCUCACCAGUGUCUGCAGGGUAUUGUAAUAACCCAUGUAGUGUGGCUGUGCUUUGUAAGCAAGUUUAGAGACAAAAGGUACUCGGACAUUAUAUAGAACAAUGCUUACGAAUGUUGGCAGAAUUUUCCUUGAUGCAUUUUGAAGUUAAUCUGUCACCUCUAAACAGUAAAUGAGUCAACAAGACCUAGCAGCCUAUUCUCCCUCCCGGUUUUUGUUCAUAUAUAUUUAUUUAAGCUCCUAUUCUUGGAACAAAGUAUGUGUCUAUUUGGAUAAAAUAUAUUUUCUGUAUAUAGUUUAAAAAAAAAAAAAAAAAACUGUUGAAGGGUCACUCUAAGCACCAUCAUAACUUGGCAUAAGUGCAAUAAGUACAUUGAAUAGAGCACCCAGCAGCCACUAUCAAUGCUGAGAAUGGCAUAUUGAUUUGUAAAAUUCAAUACAUCUCUCAGCUUCUCUUUUUGAGCUAUCAGACAGCCCAGAACUAGGUUCUAGACUGCCUUUGUUAAUAUUGUCCAUGUUUUACAUGUGGUGCAUAUAACAGAGCUCGGUCUAUUAAACCAUAAACUAGACUAUGUGUUAAUUGAUAGCAUUUGCAGUAUGAGUGCUUUCAAUGUGCAGAGCAAUUCCAUUCAUCCUAAAUUGUGCUACACAGAGGGUUAUGGGAUAAGGUUUUUUACUGCUGUGGAAGUUGCUGCUUGCAGUUGCACCAAUUCAAACUGAAAGCGAGUAACUUGUGUUUAUUUGUUGUUUGGUUUUGCCCAUAGAAUAAAACUUGUUUUCCUUUAGGCUUUUGACAAGAAUGAAUCCAUGCUGCAGCCUCAGAAGAAGAAGAUCACAGUGGCACUGAGAGACUGCAUUCAACUUUUUACCAAGACUGAGACCCUUGGGGAGCAUGAUCCUUGGUAAUUGAAAAAGAGUCUUUAGUUUAUCAGUGGAAUUUGCUUUUUUGUGUAGUCUUGGGUGGCGGCGUUUGAGUUAUAAACAACAUUAGCACACUAUACCAUAUAUACAGUAUUAUUUAUAUAGCGCCAUCACAUUUCGUAUCGCUGUACAAUGGGUACAUGCUUUUUCCCAAGUUUCUGUGUAGGCUGUGUUUGAGUUAAUGUGCUGGAUUCUUAUGAAGCUGCAUUUCAGUGGUGUCAUUGCACACUAAUGAUAUGGUCCCAAUUUGCAGGUAUUGUCCGAACUGCAGGAAGCAUCAACAGGCUACCAAGAAGUUUGAUCUGUGGUCUCUGCCAAAAAUCCUUGUGGUUCAUUUAAAGCGUUUUUCUUACAACCGCUACUGGAGGGAUAAACUUGAUGCCGUGGUGGAGUUUCCAAUUAGGUAAAACAUUAAAACACAUAUCUCACCGUAUAAUGUAGUGAAAUUUUAGAGUGAUCCAUAGCUUCCAUUCAUUUGCAUGUCAGUUUUAUUAUUUUUUUAAAUUUAAAUAAUGCAGUAGGAAAUAUCCUCAUCGGGUUCAAAAAGGUUUCUCCAGAAACAUGAGUUCAUUUUAUGGCCAUGCAUUAAAGUUACAUUGCUCAUUGGGUAUCAUGAUCCCUGCCACAAGAUCGCAAAUUACUUUAUAUUGUACGUAAGUCUAUUUUGUUUCUCUGAUGCCAUCUAUGCCGUCUUGCUUCAUACACUACUUUUCUAUGCAGGUACAUGUCACAUUUUAGCAGCCAUGUAUUCGUAGUAUUGCUUUAUACAGGUAAUCCUCACUUCCCGACCAGGUUCCAUUCCACGACACAGUCGCAAAGCGAAUUGGUUGGUAAGUGAGGAGUUGAGGGAUUCCCUGCUCUGGUGCGCUUGUCUUUGUACAGGGAAAUUUCCCCGAACAUAGAUUUAAGGGAUUCCCUGCUCUGAUGCACAUGUCUGUGUUCGGGACAUUUCCCUGAACACAGACGAACGCACAAGAGCAGGGAUACCCUCUAAUCCAGUGAUAGCUAACCUUGACACCAUAAAUUGUUCCUCGACUACAUUUUCCAUGAUGCUCAGCUAGCUUUUAGAGUCUAAAAGCUAGCUAAGCAUCAUGGGAAAAGUAGUCCAGAAACAAUUUAUGGUGUCAAUGUUAGCCAUCACUGCUCUAAUCUGUGUUCGGGGAAAUGUACCCGAACACAGACUAACGCAGCAGAUCAGGGAAUCCCUGUAAUUCCCACAACGGCUCGCACUUACCAUCCCGCGAGAGAGCUGGUCAUAAGUGCGAGCCAUCGCAAAACAAGGACCAUCUGUAAUGUAUUCUCCUCUCGCUUAUAUCUAUCGGCCGUGUAAACGUUAAAAAAAAAAAUAAUAAUAAAAAAAGCUAAACUAAAGCAGUAGCUCAAUCUACUUGUUAAUCAUAGUAUUUUACUUAUCCCAACACAGAAAGUAAUUUCAGAUCGGUGUACUUUACUAAAUUCCCAAAUUUUCAUAGAGGGUGCAACAGAACAGAUUAAGCAGUUUUGAGGGGUUAUAAAAAAUUAACUGAGGUAUAUAGAGAAAAACUUUUAUUUUCGAAUUCAGCAGUAAAUACCAUUUUAUAUUCAUUAAGUUUUGAAAAUAAUGUCCUCAAAGGCCACCAUUAGUUGCAACACACUGUUAGAGACGAUCUCUGAAGUUUUGUAUAGCUCGUUCACACAUCUCGUGGUAUGCCGUUAACUUCUUCAAUAAUCUGUUCCCUUAGCUCUGGUAGGGUGUGAGGUCGAUGUUUGAACACUUUUUGCCUUCAGAUGCCCCCAAAGAAAAAAAAUCGCAAAUGCUCAAGUCUGGUGACUGCGCUGGCCACCCCACUUCACCCCUCAGAGAGACCAGACACCCGGGUAACAUUUCUUUCAAAACAUGGAGUGAAUUUCGGGCUGUCGCCUGUUCCCCAUCCUGUUGGAACCAGAACUCCCCUAACUCCUCUUCUUCAACAAUCUCUUCCAUUCUGGCCUGCAGAAAAUUUUCCAACAUUGAGACAACGUUCAGCAUUCACGGUCACGCAUUUGCUCACACAGGCUCUGCUUCACUCAAUUCCUGAGACAACAUUAUCUUGUAGGGAGGAAACUGCAAAUUUAAAUGAAGAAUCCUCCUCAGACUGCGGUCUGACAUUCCCAAAGCAACAGAAUGUCCUGGCGACUGCUCAACUGCUGCUCUCACCAGCUGCACAUUUUCCUGUGUUCUUAUGGACCUGCGUCGGCCAUGUGUACCUCUAAGCAUGGUACUAUUUCCUCCAACAGCCUAACCCAUGAAGAAUUGUGUUUGCAUUAGAAACUGCGAUGUUGCAGAAUGUUUUGCUGUCGCCGAAAAGCUCUAUGCGUCGCGAUCACAGACUGGUUGUUUUCAAACUACGCAUGUACGGCAAAGCCUGGAUAUACUCAGGUCCAAACCAUAUUGGCUACUGAAAUGGGGUGAUGGACAGAACACUAUGAGACCAGGUGCACCUGCCUCCUCCACCAUCCUGAGCAUUGACCCCUCAAAACUACUUAAUUUCUGCUGCACCCUGUAUAUCCAAAUAAAAACCCAAAGCUGAACUGGAAAAAUUCACAAAGUCUGCUGUAGUCACAACCUUUUGCCUCCGCUUUUGCGUUCAGUUUAUUUGAGUGUAUUGAAUAAACAUGAAGCUUCCUCUCAAUCCUGUGAGUGCAGGUUGUUUAUACUGUGUAACUGUUUGUUGAUUCAUUUGUGAUUGCCUGACCGCAAGAGUGAUUAUUGUGGCCUACAUCUUCAACCAGAUGUGCAGACCACAAUGUCCCCUUCCCAGGCCUUAACCCCCACACCCCAUUUAGCAUCCUGAGUUAUUGCCUGGGAUAGAAAAAAACUACAGGCCCAAGUUUCGGGCAAUAAGAAUAACGCACCCCUCUAUUCGCAUGUCAGAUAUAUAUAUUUUUUAUGCAUAUAUUGGUCAUAUGUUUUGUGUGCGUGCACAGAUUACUUUUUCUAAUCCAUGAGUGUAUAAAAUGCAUUUUCUUCAACCUUGUUUGAUGUUUUAGGAACCUGGAUAUGUCAGAGUUUGUCUGUGAUCGAGAAGCAACUAACUACAUAUAUGAUCUUGUUGCUGUUUCAAAUCACUAUGGAGGGAUGGGAGGUGGACAUUGUAAGUAAUGUACUUUAGCUAUUAAUAUUUGUUAGUAUGUUUAAAAAAAUCUUGCUGCACAUUGUGUUAUAGUUCUGUCUAUCUCCAUACACCUGGUAGUUACAAAACUGUUUCUAGUACUUACAAAGACAUUAGUUCCAUCAGUUCUAAAGAAACCUCUCAAAAUGCUACUGUGUAGGUUUUAAAACUUAUUUAUUUGCUUUUCUGCACUUCAUAAUGUAAUUACUUUUACAGAUACAGCAUAUGCAAAGAAUCAUCUAAAUGGACAAUGGUACUAUUUUGAUGACAGCAGUGUUUCUCCAGCAUCUGAAGACCAGAUUGUGGUAAGAACUUUCUUUAUUUCCAUUAGAAUUAUAGUGGUAUGAUCACUCAAAUGCAUUUGACAGAUUUUGGUCUCAGAUUCAUACACAUGGUGCAGUUUCACUUUGUGUGUUUAUUCAGAAAUUAAUUUCAGUUGGCAUACUGACUCCUUUUACUUUUAAACUAGUGAUCAAAUGGUUGUGGCAGAUUGUCCCAGCAACAUUCAUAUUUCUUGUUCAUCAUUAUUAGAAAAAUAAAAUGGUUCCCCAGGCAGAUCCUGCCAUACCUACCCAGUAAAAGUAAAUAAAACUGGGUGUUGAUGGGGGCGCAGAGGCUUUUGAAAUACUUCUGCCUUAUGUAGUGUUUGCUUCCUUUAUACAUACUUGAACCCCUUAAGGACACAUAAUAGAAAUAUACAGUCAUGAUUACUUUUUAUUCCAGAAGUUGUGUCCUUAAGGGGUUAACUCAAACUAUCUGGAUUUUAGAUUGUUGUUUUUAUGGUUUAUGUUCUACCAUAGCAUUCAAAAGGAGUGAAUGUGCAAUGAUUUUAGAUGAUGUGUACAUAAAUCUUGCCGUAUGUUAAAUCUGUAUACACUACUUUUUGCUAUACAUUAAAUGACAUGUUAAUCAGAUGUAUUCUACUUUUAUUUUAAUGUAAAUUUUUUGCCUCGAUAGAAACCUUAACCCAUUAAGGACCAAACUUCUGGAAUAAAAGGGAAUCAUGACAUGUCACACAUGUCAAGUGUCCCUAAGGGGUUAAAUAAGUAAACAAAAAAAAUAAACAAUGCUACUCGGUCAUGUACCCUACUAUCCCACACUAGAAGAAAUCAAAUCGAUCUUCCUGCUGCACCACCCCUGCUUGCUCGCAUAAUUCAGGAUCCAGGUUUUAAUUCAAUUGUUUGUCCACUUGUUAACCUUUCAGAUGUACUUUACAGACCAUCAAUGCUUAGCCCUUGGAAAAUAAUAAUCUUGGGUACUACAACAAAAAAAAUAUACCCUUAUGCCACUGCAUCAGUUAGUAAAUAAAUGGACCACCAUUGGGUGUUUGCCAGCAUGCAGAGUGCGCUGAAAAUAUUCAUUCUAUGCACAGAACUGACAUUAACAGGCCAAAACACUUGUUAGCUGAACUUACGGACUCCAAGCACUGUGACCGCUUUAAAUCAUUGAAGUGGUUAUGGUGCUUGGAGUUUAAUUCUUGAAUCGCCAGUUAGGAUUUUGAUCUUUGGCUAACGUGUCAUCUUAACAGAUAUCUAAGGUAUCUUACCUUCAGUAUAUAAGGUUUGUAUUGGAUUUAGAUUUUCUUUUAGGCAGGAAGGAAUCCCUAGUUCUAAAACAUCUAAUUUAACUGUAUCCUUUUAAUGAUAAAAUAUGCCUGACUAGUUUGAAUGUUUUUGUUUUUCCAGACAAAAGCUGCCUAUGUUCUAUUUUACCAGCGCCAGGAUAGUGAACACUUUAAAGCCUCUUUGCCUACAGUUUCACUUGGCACAUCUGCAACAGAGGAAGACCUGGAAGAACAGGGGAAGCAGCAGGAAAUUGACUCUAUGGACACCAACUAGCAAUUUAAUAUUUUUGACCUUGCCAUGUGCAGUUGUAAAGCCCCAUGCCAGGCAACCCCUGGGACACCUUAAUCAAACCCCUGUCAUUCUGCUGCAAGAUGUACAUACUUCCCUUGAAAUCUGGGGAGCAGACCCCACAAGCAAAGAUGAAAUACUGCUAAAGAAAGCUGAUUUCUAUGGAUUUAAGAUUUUCCUCAAGAGAAAUGAGGAAUAUGAAUAUAUUAAAAAAAAAAAAAAGAAAGAAAACCCUUUUCAUGCAUUGUUCUUAUAUGGAACAAACAACUGGUGAUCUUGGAUAUAAAACCCCAAGUUUGGGAAACAAAAGCCAAAUCGUAUAAAGAACUAUUCAGUCCAAAAGGUAUUGCUAAUGUAUGGUUUGGUGGCCCGUGCUUAGCAAAGGAAUUUUCAGUUUUAAAUGGCUUUCAAAAAGAAAAAAAGUUCCUUCCUUCUUCCCAUCUAGCCUUGUUUAAUUUGAGCAAACAAACACCAGCAGCCUUUAAAAAGUAUAUUUUUAAUACAGAAUAUGGUAGCCCUUGAUGACAACUGUUUCCCAACUGUUUUGUUGCUCCACGGGGGUCGUCUUUGUGUGAGACAAGGGGUGGGGCUGGGCAUGCUAUUGAUCCUCUAUUGACCCUGCGGAGUAGUGGAAUUCAGGCGCUUGCUUCAAGAUUGCAAAGACCAUUAAAUAGUAAAUUAAAAUGCAUCUGCUUAGGAAGCAGGGUUUCUUUUUUCCCCCUCUUUUUGGGUGGGUUGUAUUUAUUGCUCUUUUAUUUUAAGAGGACAGUUUCCAAGUGUUUAAAGCGUUAUACCGUGUAUAAAUGUGAGGACAUAGUUUGCUGACUUGUGUGUUUUAGCCUUCAAUGCAUCACGCAGUCUGUGUUACUCAGUGAGCUGUGGAUACAAAGAGAUGUAUCGAUAGAGAGCAUGGUAAUACAUUGAAAAACUGUUUGUUCUCAACUUCUCCGGCAGCUAAGGGGUUAAUUAAAAGCCACGCUCAAGCACUCUUCUACUGUUAUUUACAAGUGUCACACAUUAGAGCAAGGUUUUAUGUCGACUGUGCAAGGAGUUCAUAUAUGAACUCUACAGCUGUUAAUGGCAUGAUCUUACACUAUGCUUUUGCCGCAGAGUCAAGCAUUGAUGUAUAUGCAGUUCCACAAAACUGUAGAGUUGCCUCUUUGCUAGCCCUGCUCUAGAGCCAAGCGUGAUCUGUACAUUGUGUUCUGUCAUUUUAACAAGUUCUAAGUAAAACAACCUACACUUUAAAUUCAUUAAGACCUAUCAACAUUUUCUGCCACUCGUGACAUUCGCUGCUGAUGCAAUGCUAUUUAUACCAGUAUAUAUUGCACUUACUACCUACAUUUCUUCAGGGAUUACAAAGAGGCCAAGCAGCUAAAAGUGACCUUCUGGUUUACAAAUACCUAUAUUAAUCAAUAUUCUGUCUUGACACUUCUAAAAUGUAAUAACGUUGCUGCUUUAGAGUCAUGCCUCUGUGGUUGUACACACCUAAUUUGAUUGGGAAAAUCUUGAACAUUGCUCCUAGCAAGCAAACAGUUGUAAAAGGGUUGAUAUGACUCCUGCUUGUUAUUGUUCUUUGAUUAGAGUCCUAAAUGCUAGUCAGGUAGGUGAACAUUUUUGAUCUCUUAACAUGCUAUAAUAUGAUAUAUUAAAAGAAAUAGAAAAUUAAUUUAAAAGGUUUGUCUAGUGAUCUUACUAUUUUUUUAGAGAAUUUCACGUAAAGACUUCCCCCUCUUCACUUACUGCAUAAAAUCAAUGUACAUGUCACUUUUAACUGAGCACAUUAUUGAAGUAACAAUGAAUGUAAUAUUUAAAUAUCCAUGGCGGAGGUGAACAGUCUAUUGAGUUAUACCAGCAUGUAUUAAGUGAUUAUUAAUGGAAACUUUUACAAACCGGUGCAGGGAUUUCUGAUCUUGUUUUAUUUGUUGCUGUGAAAAAGAUGGUGGUUAGUACUUUCUACAUUGAGUAGCUUACAACUGUGAUGACCAUUUUAAAAGUGCUUAGGCUGUCAAACCGAAAAACAUGAGUUGCAGACAAAGAAAAAUACAUGUUAGUCGGUUAACUUUUUAACCCAAUUUUUAUACUAUACACAUACAGUAACAUGCUUUUGUCUCUUAGUUUGCAUUAGGAACUUCAUUGGAAAUGUUAUUUGGCGCUCGCUCAGUCUCCUCAGACAUUAGUGCAUGGGGGAACCGAAUGUGCAUAAGUGGCGAGCGCUCCAUGUGAAUCAAUGCUUUCCUAUAGGGAUUUGUAAGACGUUGGAUUUCAUCAUGCACAGCGUAAUGAUGUCCAGCAUUGUUUCACAGAGUUAAACUCUGAAACUGCAGGAAGCACCGUGAUUAUCUCACUUCUCUAAAACUGCAAUGUCUUACAUUUCAGGGUUAAGGGGACAGGGACACAACACUCAGACUAUUUCAAUAAGAUGAUUUGGCCUGGGUGCCUAUAGUGUCCCUUUUAAUUAACCCAGUAAAUCUAAUUCCUUGUACCCGAAAAAUCCAUUAUUCUAAAGUUUUUGAAAAGAGUUAUGCUUUUUCUUAAGACAUCAUGUAAAGCUGUAAGUCUUGCUGCAUGUGUGCCUGACUUAAGAGCUGUGUUGUGAGUGUAAAGAUAUGAUAUUCUGGGGUGUGGGUUUUUUUUUUUCUUUCUUUUCACAGCACAGAAAAGACCUUCAAUCCUCGGCUUUGUAUGAUGCAGCAAGUGGCAACACAUGUAGCUUAGUAACCAUAAUUUCCAAACAAAAUGGCCAUUUAUUUGAGAAGACAAUGUUAUACACCAGUGGUUCCCAAACUGUGUGCUGGGGCACCGCAAAUUAUUUUCCCAGUGCUAUGAUGAUCGCACCAGGAACUGUGCUCUCCUCUCACAAGCUCAGAUUGUUGCCACGGUUACCACGGCAAUGCUCCGAAUCUCGUGAGAGUGAACUCUAGCAGCUCCUGAGGCUGCUAGAGUUCACUCUCCCCACCGGACCACCAGAGGUUACAGGAAAUGUCCCCCCUCCCAUGCAAAGGUAAGAAGGGGGGUUAUUGUUUUAAAAUAAAAUUUUUAAGUAGAUAUUUAUUAAUUUGACCUCCAACUUCCACAGACACCACACAAUAGCUUCCCCAUACACACACACACACACACACACACUUACACACACUUGCCCUCCCCGAUAUGCAAAAAAUGCACCACACACAAACUAACUACAACAUUCACGAACACAAUGCACCCCCAUACACAUACACGCACCCACUACAGUCCCUAUCCCGGCAGACCCCAAGUAAGUUGUCAAACUGUUCUUAAACAGUUUGGCUACUUACCCCGAGAGACCACUACAACGUAAUGUAGUGGUUAUUGUGCCUGGCUUCUUUCUUUAAAUCUACCAGUUCCACUCCCAAGAUUAGGGGUCUGGUAUUUGCCGCAGCGCUGUACAUAUAUACAACCUAGAAAAUUGUUUGGACUUGGGGUGCCUUAUGAAACAUUGAGGGCACCUUGAACCUAAAAAGUUUGAGAACCACUGAUAUAGAUAAUGUUUCAUUUUAAUCCUGGAAAAACUGAGUUGAGUUUUACACAUUUUCUAAACAAAUUACAUCUGAGUUUUUUUGUUUAGAAUCUCAAGAGUGAUCAUAAAAAAUGUGAAUAUAUGCUACUAUUUCUGUACAUGGAAAUUGUCAGCAAAGUGACAUUCUAAAACUUAUUUUUAAACUCGGUACCAGAUGGUGUGUGUAUAAAAUAUUUUACUGCUGGUGCAGUUUUUUGUUUUCCAGAGAUAAGUUGCUUGUUUUGUUUCACAAUCACUAAAUGAGAUUUGAGUUUUUGAGAAAACAAAUGCAUAAUGUGUGAAAUGCAAUUAAAUAGUUCAUUUACAAAGCCAGGAAUUGUGGAGUUUCAACGGAGGAUUGACAUAUUUGUAUGUUAUUUUAGGAUAAGCUAUCUGGAUUGAAAACAUUUUCCCAGGCUGGGUGUUUUUCCAACUCCACUAUUUUGCUACACUGAUCCAUACAUAUCAUUAAUAAAUAAACCCCAUUCAAAAUUUCUUGAACCUGGUUUAUAUGCUAGAGCCUAUUUUGUGUAAUCGCCCCCUUUCAUAAAUACCCACGUUGCUCACAUUGCUGUGAAAUGACCUCAGGGUUAGCGUAAAUAAUAGAGGUGAGAGUGGGCA